CCUCCCAGUAUUCUCAAUGCUGGGAAAUGAUUGUUGAAGGACUUUUUGCAUAAGAAAUACACACAACAAAAAACACAACAACAACCCCAAAGCGCCCCCCCCUUCACCGUCGACCGCCUCGCCUGCUGGGGCUGCCGCUUGCGCAGCUCCAGUGCUUCCUCUGCCCCCCCCCCGCUGCUAAAACACACCCACCCACCCCAGAAGUGCAGAUUGCAAAAUUUGCAAAAGGGGGAGGGAGAGGGGAAAAACUUUGCAGAGACCCGGAUGGCCUUCUGGAGGGGUGGGGGGCUGGCUGCGGGUUUGUUUCUAGAGGCGCUCGGAGGUGGGGGGAUCCCCCCCUCCCAGGGUUUCCCCUUCUCUUUCGUUUUGCAAACCUUGUGUGUGUUUUGGGCCAACCCCCCCGGCAGGAAGAGCCCCGGCCGAACCUUUGCAGCAGGACCCAAAGGAGGAACUGUUGACAAUUAAGAGAUGAAACUCUUCAAAAGAUGGAGGCAGAGAAAGACUCUGGAAGAAGAUUGGUGUGUAGUGAUAUGUUGUUAUUAUUAUGGUGGCGGUGGUGGUUUGGGGAGCAGGUUGCGUUGGGGGGCGGAGAGGGGGGGUUGUUUUCAAGCGAUUUUGCGGAGAUGGUUUGUACGUGGAGAGCGAGAGGCUGUUUGCAGGGCGGAGGGGAGCUGCUGGCGUCUGUGUUUGGGGCUUUAAACCCCGGGCAUUGUUGCUGGGUGUGUUUUAAAGUGUGCUUUGCAGGAAAACGGCGGCACCUCUCAAGUGUGAUGGGGGGCACAGCUGGUGCAUUGCAUCUCCCCCCCCCAUCUCCUCCUGCGACCCCUAGAUCAUGCGAGCAAAGGAGAAGAGCCCAGGAAGCUCCUCUUGCAAGUUGGGCUCAAACACGCUUUGGGGGUUGUUGCUGCCCCCGUAGCCCAGCCAGCGUGUUUGUUGCUGUGUGUGCCUCUCUUUAAAAAAAUUGGGGGGGGGGUUUAACUCCUUCCUGGCCCCCUUUUCCCCAAACCUUGACUGAAAACACUGCUGCCCCUCACCCCACUCUCAGCGUUGGUUUGUUUUGUUUUAAUGCACUGAAUGCCACGCUAGGUUUUGAAGAAACGGGGGUGUAUUGUGGGGGGUUUGCAAAAGUCGGGGGAGGCUCUAGCCCAUAAAUCCCAUGUUACAUAAUGCAAUGUGUUUUUUAAGAGGCUGGCUUCCGGUGUGACUAGGGAAACAGUUGGAUUAUGUAAAUGUGUGCCCGGGCUUGCCUGUUUUGCGUUUCUUCCUGCGAAAGAGUUGCUGGUUUUUCGUUUCCAACGUACGGGCAAGAAAACCCCGCCAUCGUGGGAGGAGCGGGCUGCCUAAUAAACUCACCCCCACAUGGCUGGUUUUCCUUGUUGCUCGUUUGAAUGUGCAGUUUGCUUCUGCGCCCCCCGCUUGCCUUGCCGGGUGAGAUUUGCCCACCUGGCCCUUCAUGACCUGACGUCUCAGCCCAGCCCUGGCCACGGGGAGAGUCAGCAGGCCUUCAGGCUGGACUACCGACUUGCAACAUUCACGACUGAGUACCGUUCACACGCACACGCGUCCCCUGUUAAUUUAGGGUUAGGAAUCCUCAAUCGGGGUUGAGGGGUAGACCGCGCUCCAGUUGCAGAAUACAUUUUGGUUGCAUUUUGGAAACUAGGCUGUGAAAACUGGGCUGUCCCCGUCCCCAUGAGCAAUGCGCUGCAAAAGCCACCUUCUGCCUUGCACGCUGCAAGCCCUCGGGGCCCAUCCUUUCCCCUCCACGCUGACUUGCGCGUAGGACCUUAUUUUGGUAUAUUUAUUUUUGUGUCUACGUGUGGCUCUUUCCCUGCAACGACCGAACUUCUGGUCUGUCUGCCCAGAGCGCACACAAGAGAGUAUGUUUCGCUCCCGGCCGCCCUUCAAACGAAGCGCUACCUCUACACGUUUUGCCCGUGUGUGCAUCGACGCACACGUGUAUGUGUUCUCACCACCACCACCACCACCUUCCCCGUCCUGCAGCGGUCGAUCGGCAGGAGGCUGUACGACGAGGACGAGGACCUCUCCGACGUGGAGGAGAUCGUCAGCAUCCGCGGCUUCAACCUGGAGGAGAAACUGAGGAGCAAAAUGUACCGCGGAGACUUCGUGCGACCCAUGGAGGGGAAAGGUAACCCGGGGCGCCUCUCCAAGGCCUGGGCCCCAGCGCCGGCUUGGGAGACCUGGGCGCGCCCGCCUGUGCGCGUCGGGGGGCGGGGAAGGGGUUUCCCUACCUGCCUGGCGGAAACCCCCGACGGCUUCUUGGCCCACGUGCAAAUUGCCUGGUGAAGUUCGUAUUUCCCGCCAGCAUCCCCUAUUCUAGGGGAUCCGGUGACGAGGAGCAAGAGGGGAGGAGGAGAGCGGGCUGGGAGAAGAAGAGGCAACGGCUGGGUGACUCACGCCAGGGGAGCCCGGCCGGGAAGCGAACCUGCUGCAGACGUGCGCUUCGCGGGGCGCGCGUCCCUUGACAUGCCGAUGGCAGCUUGGAAAGGCAGUGCAUGGAAAUGAAUAGAGAGAGGUUUUUUAGAGGAAGUGAAAUGAUUUUGCACCACCGAUUUCUACCCCAGCCGCAGCCUCCCCGCCCGGAUAUGUCCACAGCGGAUGGCGGAGUUGACCUGGCCUGCCUUGACGCCCCUGUUGCAGUGGAAGCAGCAAGGCUCUUGCACCCAGCCUGCUCCCUCCUGCCUGUCGGGGGACCUUGGGCCUCCCAGGUGCACGCUCCUCUUCAAUUCGGAGGUCUUGUGCACGCUUCCUGAACGGGUUUGGACGAUGCUGGUAGCAACUAGUUUCUUCCCCCCAGUAGGUUGCAGGAUUGGCCUUGGUGUUAAGGCUUGGGGUACCUGUUUGGGUUAAGUGUUAUGCAAGCAACUUACGGUCCAGUUCUUACUUCUUUAUAUAAUUUUUUGCCACUCUCCCAAGCAAUCCGCUUGUAUGUCUUCCUUUGUGAAUCUUUUUUCCUCUUUUCAUGGAAUGGCUCCUACAAUGUAAGGCCCAUUUAACUCAGUUAUUAUAAUAUGUAAAUCUAUAUGUAAAAAAAAAUAAUUAUAGUGUUUUUCAGUGGAAUUUUUUUGUUUCAUAAGUUCAUCAGUACAGUAACAUGGAAUGGGUGCCAAUUCCAAAUUCCCUGCUUUUCCAUUUUAGAAUAUUCAACAAUAAAUAUAAAUCACACUCCGGUAUAGUUUUCGGUGACUUUCCUCCCUGCUCUUCUGCAGUUUCUUAUUUUUCUAUCAAAUUCUUACUGCAUAUCUUAAUUUAUCCUUUUUACCCAUUUAUCCUUUCUAAUUCCCUUAGUAUAUUUACUGCUCGUUUAUAUCAUUCCUUCUAAUGUUUUCAGUUGUUUACAGUUUGUUUUCAUAUAUUCAAUAAAUUCCCCCCAUUUUGCUACAAAGAGUUUAUCAUCCUGUUCUCUUAAUCUUCUGGUAAGUUUAAUCAUCUCUGCAUAUUCCAUCAAUUUUAGUUGCCAGUCAUCUCUUUUUGGGGUCAGUUCCUCUUUCCAGUUUUGUGCAUAUAUCAUUCGGGCAGCCAUGGUAGCAUACAUAAAUAGAUUUUUCUGAUCUUUCGGCACCAAGAAUACCUAAAAGGAAAGCUGCUGGUUUUCAAACAAAAGUUAUUUUAAGCAUUUUUUUCAAUUCAUUAUAAAUAAUUUCCCAGAAGGCUUUUGCCACCUUACAGGACCACCACACGUGAAAAAAGUACUCUCUCUCUCUUUACAUUUCCAACAUACCAGUAUAUUGGAUUUAGACUUACACAUUUUUUCCAGCUUGGUAAGCGUCAAAUACCAUCUAUACAUCAUCUUCAUGUAGUCUUCUUUUAACGUGUAGCAUGCUGUAAAUUUUAAAUCUCCUUUCCAAAGUCUUUCCCACGCUGCCAUAUCAAUAUUAUAGUCUAUAUCCGUUGCCCAGUGUAUCAUUGAUGAUUUAACCAUUUCAACCUUUGUUUCCCAUUCUAAUAAUAAUUUAUACAUUUUAGACAUUACCUUUUGGCUUUUCUUUAGCAGGUCUUUUUCUAAUUGUGAGGUUUGAGUUGUAAAGCCAAUUUUUUAAUCAAUCUUAAAAGUCUCAUUUAGUUGAUGAUAUUGUAGCCAAUUUGUUAAGAAUCCACUUAUUUCUUUAAAAAAAAGUUAGUUUACUCUCCCCUUCCUUCUCUAUUAACAACUCCCUAUAAGUUACCCAGUCCUCUUCCAUGUUCUUUUCCCCCCACCGCUAUGGCUUCUACUGGUGAAAGCCCCAUUGGUGUUUUCUUUUCCAGCAAGUUUUUAUAUUUAUCCCAUACUUUGUAUAGAUGUUUUCUAAUUAUAUGUUGGUGAAACUUUCAUGGAUUCCAGUUUUCCCAUGCCACAAAUAUGCAUACCAGCAAAAUUUAUUAUCAUGUCCUUCAAGAUCCAAAAUCUGCAAGUUCUUCAAUAAAAACCACUCCUUUAACCAGCAAAGACAGAAUGCCUCAUAUUAUAGUCUUAAGUCUGUUCUGGAGAAGCCACCUUUCUUUCACAUCAAUCAAAUUUUUUUGAGCCCUAUCUGAAAAAAAUGGCUUCACAUAGUGGUUUGUUGGCAAUAGAUGCACCAGAGAAAAACCCCUGGGCAAGGUUCACACAUAACGCUAGUUUAAUAAGCUGAUAGGAUGGAUAAAUAAAUAAAUAAAAAUAAAAUAAAAGCAUUAUGUGUGAACCAGCCUAACCUACCUCACAGGGUGGUUGUGAGGAUACAGUGGAGGGGGAAGAACUGUCUUCAGCUUGGAAGGAAGGUGGAAGGUGUAGUCAACAAGGCCCCAUCUGCACUAAACAUUUAAAGCAGUAUCAUAUUAUUUUAAACCAGUGCUUUUUUGGCAGGGGGACGCAUACAGUGGUACUUCAGGAUACAUACGCUUCAGGUUACAUACUCUUCAGGUUACAGACUCCGCUAACCCAUAAAUAAUGCUUCAGGUUAAGAACUUUGCUUCAGGAUAAGAACAAAAAUCUUGCACUGGUGGUGUGGCAGCAGCAGGAGGCCCCAUUAGCUAAAGUGGUGCUUCAGGUUAAGAACAGUUUCAGGUUAAGAACGGACCUCUGGAACGAAUUAAGUACUUAACCUGAGGUACCACUGUACUCCUAAACAUUUUGUGAAUCUUAAGUUUGGCCUCACUGAGGGGUAGUAUUUUAAUAUAAGUAGGAAAAUGAGAGUACGCCUAAACAUGUUUUUAGAAAAAAAGCACUGGUUAAGCCACUCUAGGAACUGAAGCUCUGCGAGGGGGACUCUUAGCACCCUUAGGAAACUAUACUUCCCAGGAUCCAUGGGGGUGUGUGGAAGUGCAGCCUGUUAAAAAGUGAUGUCAUAGCGCUUUAACGGUAUUGUGCAGAUAGGGCCCAAGUUGUCUUCAUGCUUUGGUUGUUGACUUCCUGGAAGCCUUUUGGAAACUGGGCUAGAUGGAUCUUUUGUUGCUCUCUCAUGUCUUUUCCCCUCUCUCGUAUUUUUCCUCCAACCAGAUUUCACUUUUGAGUAUGUGCAGCGAGAAGCACUUAGAGUCCCCCUCAUCUUCCGAAGUAAGGAUGGACUGGGAAUUAAGUAAGACAGUACUUCUAAUGUUUAACAAUAGACCUCUGUUUCAAUUGGAUGCGUAGCUUGCCCCGUCUCAAGGGCCUGGGGUGGGGAAUAAAGGCCGCCGGUGGCCUUUCUGAAUGAAACAUACACACAAGGGCACACAAGGGCCGGCUUUUGGGGGAUAUGCAAAGGAAGCAAAUCCCGAAAUAGAGGGGCUGGCUACGUUUCGGAGUUUGCCUCCUUUGGAGAGUCUGCAAAACCUGAGUCUGGUCUUCCAGAAGCAAGGCAGAGAAGAGUUUUUCAGAUGGUGUGGCAUCCCUUUUUAAAGUACCGUAUUUUUCACUCUAUAGGAUGCACUUUUUCCCCUUCAAAAAUGAAGGGGAAAUGUGUGUGCGUCCUAUGGAGCGAAGACGCCACAGCCCCGCGACCCUCUCCCGGCUGGAGAGGUGACGCGCGGCUAUGGCAGGAGCCUCUCCGCUGCUCCCUGACCUGCUCUUUGGGGCUGGUGGUGGUCUUCCCCCCGCCAGCCCCAAAGAGCAGGUCGAAAGGAACCUGAAGCCUGGAGAGCGAGAGGGGUCGGUGUGCACUGACCCCUCUCGCUCUCCAGGCUUCAGGUAGCCGCCUGAACGCACCUUAAACGGCACCUUGUUUUAGAGCGGGAAAACAAGAGGGGGAAAGUUCUCCCCCUCUCUGCGCAGCGCCUCCUGCCGCUUCGCUGAAGGGGCGCUGGGCUGAGAGGGGGAGAAUUUUUUUUUCUUGCUCUCCCCCCUCUAAAACAAAUUGCAUCCUAUUGUCCGGUGCAUCCUAUGGUGCGAAAAAUAUGGUAUCUCUUCUCUUGCCUUGGGAACACUUUCAUUCUCAUGAAAUGGAAUUGCCCUCAAGGUGUCAUCAGACUUGAGCUCCCAUUACCACAACCCAACAUUGGCAGUGGACAGGGAAGACAGGAGCUGUUCUUCCAACAAGAGCUGGAGGUUCAUGGGUCCCCCUUACUAAGCAAAUAACCGCUGCUGGCCUCAUAAGCCUAGAGGUAGUGGCUGAAGUGUCUGAGCUGUGAACAAGGAAGUCUUAACAUUCAAAUCCUGGUUGUGCCAUCCGUAAAGUAGGUGGGCUACUCAAAACGUGGCCCCCAAAUCUUCAGUCUAAUAUGGGGGAAACCAGUGCUGACCUGCUUAACAGGUCUGCAGUAGGAGAACUAAGUGUCUGUAACAUCCUUCAAGUGCUCUAAAAAGGGGUGACAUGUAUACACAAUAUUAUUAUGAGUUUUUUUUGGGGGGGGCAGAAUCCACCAUUAGCUUUUUGUGACAAAUCCCAGCCACCAGGUCGUUCUUCUCAUCCCUGAAAUGGCUACGUUUAAAAUGGACAAAACACAUUUUUACAACCCUGAGUUGGCCUGUGGAACUCACUGCCACAGGUCCAGUGAGGCCCAGUAGCCUAAACUGGCUUUUGAGAAAAGAAAACAUUAAUAAAUGGACAGUCAAUCUGCAACCCCAAUACCCAGAAGCGUAGCUCCCAUGCUCAGAGAUUAUAUAUCUGCCUGAGCAUCUGAUCUGAAGAAUUAAGAAGCAAGGAGGGGGAUCUUAAUGCCCUCAUUGGGAGCUUUUGUGUGGCAUGUAGCCAGCCAUGGUCAGAAGGCAGGUUGCAGCGCUGAGGGAGAGUGGGGCAGCCCAAGAUGGCAGUUCUUGUGUAAAUUUCCUCUUGUCUGUGUUUACCUCCCUGAAUUCAAAUUGAUCCCCUCCUUCCUUUGCUGAUUUCAGGAUGCCGGACCCAGAUUUCACUGUACGAGAUGUCAAGCUGCUAGUUGGUGAGUUUGGUUUAGAUACGCCGCUUUUCUAAGGGGGUUUCGGAGACAAAAAGAGAAAUUACCUCUGUUGAAGACUGUGUCCAAAAGUAUUCAGAUGCCCACAUAUUCCUUGUAUAAACUGUACAAAAAUGACUAGUUCAAACAACUGUAUUUGCCUGGUGUACCCACAAAUAACCUAUGUGACUCCGUUGUCUACCUGUCCCUACCUGUGUUAAAUUAAGCCUCCAUAUUCAAAGGUAGUGUAUCUGAGUAUUAGAUUCUGGAGACACAACUAUGGUUUCUUUCAUGCCUUUCUUGUGGGCUUCCUGGAAAUACUUGGCUUGAUCCUCAGGUCACAUCAGCAUUCUUGUUGUGCCACAUAAUAGCCUGAAAGGGUUUGGGGUGAGGAGGAUAAUAUCUCUUUCUGUUACGAAAGUUUUCCUGUAGUGUCACCUGGCGCAAACUUUUAUUUACUGUGGGCGACCGGAGUCAUGGCUGCUCACAAGCCUGUUGUCCCUACCAUGGCAUUUCCCCACUAGGCCACAUUGCCUGGGGCAGAUGGGCGUUGUCCAAAACACCCAGAGGAGACCAGGUUGGUGAAGACUAAUUGAAGCAGUAGGUGCAACUAUUUUGCUAAGGAUAAUGGCGGUCCAUUUGCAGGACAACACAGAGACCCAAAGGCAGCUAUGUCCUAGAACUCUGCAGUGCCCAGGGUCUCUGCCCAAUACAUACAGAAUAAGGAUUUUAUUGAUCCAAAUGAAAGUCAAACACUUGCUUGUUAGCCACGACAUUAAGUGUUUUUUCCUAGGCCAGAAAUAAGAUGCCCGCCACUUAGCUAGAGGGCACAUGUAAUCUGACAGUUUUUUCAUACUGUAAGGAGGUGAGUUCUUCCCAGGUGGGGUUGGUGUCAGAUGGGGAUCUGUUGUUGAGCCGCUGUUUUGUUCACGUGUGUGUCUUUUCUUUUAAAUAUAUAGCAUUGCACUGUAAACUUCUUAAAUGUAUGAAGGCCUUGCUGGAUUCAUUAUGCAGAAAGUUGCUAAAAGAAGUUGAAAGGACAUAUUGAACACUAAUCUGUAUAAAUGAUGCACAUUUGUAUACAUAUGCAGAAUUGUACAUAAGUUAUUCUUCUGCUAGCCAUGUAGAUACACAGAAGCCUUACCGCAGAGUACAGUCAUACCUUGGGUUACAGACGCUUUAGGUUGCGCGUUUUUGGGUUACGGAUGCUCCGAAACCCGGAAGUACCAGAACGGGUUAAUUCCGGGUUUUGGUGCAUGUGCAGAACCACUAAAUCGCGCUAUGCGUAGAAGUGCCGAAUUGCAACCCACGCGUGCGCAGACGCUGCAGGUUGUGGGCGCUGCGGGUUGCGAAUGUGCCUCCCACACAGAUCAAUUUCGCAACCCGAGGAUCCAUUGUACUUCUUCUUUCUUGCCAGCUUAGGCUUCUGGAGAUUGGCAGAUACCAUCCAGAUACUUUCAAGCCUAUCUGUUUAACCAUGCGGGCUGAAAACUUGCUUUGAAAACGAAACAUUCCUGAAAGAUAGAAAGCUGAGAUCCAGUGUUACGUUUUGCACUUGGCUGUUGUAAGCACAGUUAUGUAUCACAGCAUAAUGUCGCUAGUGCUGUUGCAUUGUGGGAGCAUAUCCCAAGAUGCUGUGCUUGUGCUGGGAGAAGAGUGGCUUUAUGGAACAGACUCCCCCGGAAGGUUGUGGACUCUCCUUCCUUGGCGGUUUUAAAGCAAAGUUUAGAUGGCCAUUGGUCAGGGAUGCUUUAGCUGAGAUUCCUGCAAUUGCAGGGGGUUGGACUAGAUGACCCUCAGAGACCUUCCCAACUUUCAUCCUAUGAUUCUAUGGUUUAUGUAAGUUGAGUUUCUCUUGAACUAGGUUAAACCUGGGACAAGAGCAGCAGGGAAUGGCUGGCUUGAUUUUGCUUGCUGUAGUGCCCCCACUGCUGGUGGUGAAAGGGUAGCAUUGCAGCUUCUGGCCUGGCAGACGUUAGAUCACAAAUGGAGCCGAUAGGCUCCCAUCUGGCUCUCUAAAGGUCCUGAUCCUCACCUGCCUCCUUAGUGUCCAAGCUGUUGCACUAUCUGCUUGCUUGCAGGACAAGUGUCUCUGGCAGAGAAUGGCUGACAACAUUUGUACAUGGCAAAUGAGGACCUUUUGGGACCCUCAGCAGCAGGUGUGGGGCACACAGAUAUGUGCUUGGCACUCUGCGAAAUGUGGCCCCUGUCAGUGCCCAUUUUUAGUGUUAGGUCAGAGGUUUUGUGUGUGUGUUAAGAUUGCAUCUAAUCCAUCAGCCUGAGCCAACAUGAUAAAUGUAGACGUGGCAUACUUUUUAACAACAAAGCAAAGUGAAAUAGAACAAAAUCCUUAGCACAGGACCGCUGGGUGGGAUGCAAGUGUUUCAAUUCCUCGUGCCACUCUUUUUUGCAGAGAAAAAUGCUUGCAUUACUUCCUUUUAGCCUCACAACAACCCUGUAGGGCGGGUCUGGGUGAGAGGGAGAGUGAGCUUGAAGAUCUGAGCUAGCUGCAGCCCUUGGAAGGAUGCCUUAAUGACUGAGGUCUCGUGUGUGUGGUCUCUCUUUCUUGCUUUUAGGAUCAAGUUUAUUAGCUAGAAGCCUUUCCAUCUCUGGGCCACAGCAAGGAGUUAAUGGCACCACUUGGAUUUAACAAGCUAGAGUAAUUGUCUCUUUCCUUUUAAAGGGAAGUUUUAACGGUUUUCUCUCGUCUUUGGGGGGGGGGGAAAGAUGCCCACUCCUUUUUCCUUUCCUCUCCCCUGAUGCCACAAUCAGAGCCCUGGCAAGCUUCUCUUGCCAUUGUGAGCCUGGUCCACCUGCCUGAUGUGCAGGGAGCUGUGAAGCCUUAGGGAAAAGCUGGCUGCUGAAUCAUUUUCUAAACCUAGUAACUAGGAUUUCAGCUUUUUGCCCUGCAAAGUCUUUCCUGUGUGAACUGCUCUGUGGGCCCUUGUUCUGUGUGUCUGAAUUCUGGGGCUUUUUUCAUGAAGGAGGAGCCUUGCUUACUGCUGAAAUACAGUGGUACCUCGGGUUACAGGUGUUUCAGGUUACAGACGCUUCAGGUUACACACUCUGCUAACCCAGAAAUAGUAUCUCGGGUUAAGAACUUUGCUUCAGGAUGAAAACAGAAAUCGCACGGCAUUAGCUAAAGUGGUGCUUCAGGUUAAGAACAGUUUCAGGUUAAGAACGGACCUCCAGAACGAAUUAAGUUCUUAACCCGAGGUACCACUGUAAUGGAAGUGGAUUCUCCUUGGAUAACUUGCUUAUUAUUGCUCCCGUUGUGGUUUUCAGUCCCAUCAGGAAAUGCUUUCCAUGUCGAUUUGGCUGCAGAACCCCAGAGCAUUUGACCCCUUGAACUGCAAUGAAUUCUGGGGGUGUGGGGAGAAGACACUGCUUAAGGGUUAUCAGGUCAUGCUGUUGCCCCAUUUCUGAGAGAGAGCAGGACCUGGGAUACACUACCCCCCUCCCCAAAAUGGGUUGACCUUGUGAGCCUCAGGCUUGCAUUCUGUCUCCUCCUGUUCCUCCUCUUGCUUUCAGAGGUGGAAUGCCUCCUUUCCUGAGCUACUGCCAAAGCAUGGUUUGCAGUUUCCUCCAAACCCAGUAGUUUGCACAAACUGCACUUAACUUGAGAAAUGGGGCCAGCAAAUGUUUCCGCAGGCUGCUCUCCCCCUGAGCAACACAUUCCUCAAACUGAAGAACUGAAUCAGCAUUGCAGGGCUUGGCCCUGAGGAGCCAUCAGACCUGGGCAUCCUUGCCCUGGGACUAGAGGUCCCCACAGCCUGGGGUGCUGGAUUUAUUUCAGAUGCCCUCACCUCUCACAGGGCCACAGCAGCAGCAGAGACGGUGGCAGGAGCUUCAGCGCAUCUUGCCCGACUAGCUGCCCAUGAGGCUACUGGGGAGGAGGGAGCAGCACAUGUAAAUGCCUGCGUGGAUCGGCACCUGAUGGAGAUUCAGCUCCCAUGCAGGCUACAGAUCUUUCCCAAGCUACGGCCUUCCUUUCUGACACCUGGAAACAGAUCUGCAAAGGAUGCUGUUGGUUGGUUGUGUCACCAGAUCCCUGCUGGGCUAGAGUUCUUGGUUUAUCUGCAGUUGAGAUCAAGCCAACAGCAUAGUGACACGCUGGCCCCUGCUGCCAGCACCCUGGUUUGAGCCCUCUGUUGUCUCCCCAAAGCUCAUCUGCCCAGCAGUUGAUGCCUCUUCCAGCUGCUCCCAUUCCCAUUGCCUCUUCUUCAUUUUGCUUUGGGGCUGAUUCUCCAGCUCUACCCAAGAUACCUGCCUACUCCCUAGUAGUAAAGGUACCCCUGACCAUUAGGUCCAGUCGCGGACGACUCUGGGGUUGUAGUGCUCAUCUUGCUCUUUAGGCCGAGGAAGCUGGCAUUUGUCCACAGACAGCUUCUGGGUCAUGUGGCCAGCAUGACUAAGCAGCUUCUGGUGAAACCAGAGCAGCGCAUGGAAACACCGUUUACCUUCCUGCCAGAGCGGUACCUAUUUAUCUACUUUGACGUGCUUUUGAACUGCUAGGUGGGCAGGAGCAGGGACCGAACAAUGGGAACUCACCCCGUCGCGGGGAUUCGAACCGCCAACCUUCCGAUCGGCAAGCCCUAGGUUCAGUGGUUUAGACCACAGUGCCACCUGCGUUCAAAUCCCUAGUAGUACAUUUCAGCAAAAGAAUCCCAAUGCUAUCACAAAUCAGCCAGGCUCCUGACACUCAUUGCUCUGGCUUCUAAAAUCUUGGUAGCUGGGAUUAACUGACACAAAAAUGCUUAACAUUGUUUUGGCUGCCUUGCAUUUUACGGAUUAAGGUUGUAUUGACAUGUUCAAAGACGUCAUGGUGUUGCAUGGUUGCUAGCGAGCUAAUUGUGCUUCUGGUGAAAUACACCUGGUUUGCAAGGCAGGACAUACUGUGGCUGCAUUCACAUAUAGAACAUGAAGCCAGGAGUGGCUGACAUGACGCAUUCCAGAUGUUGGAAUGCAACUUACAUCAAGCCGGCCAGCAUGGCUAGUGGGUAGAAGUGGUAGGACUUUUAGCCCAUGCCAUCUGGAAGAGCACCGUGUUGGCUACCCCUGUGCUAAACGGUGGCUUAUUUAAGAAACCACAGAUAGCCUCACAGACGAUCAAACAAGUGGAAGUCGGUUUCUCUGAAGAUUGGUUUGCUUUCCAGCGGCAGUGGCUGGACAAACAAUGGUUAGUCUCCUGGGCAUGGAAACAAACCACCCUUUGCCCUAAACAAAUCAUGGCUUAGUGUUGUGCGUGGGCCAGGCCACUGAUGUGCCCAACGAGGUUAUGUGCCUCAGUAUUGUCAUCGUGUUUCAUGCCCAGUGGUGAGUCUUAGCUUAUGGUGUUUGUGCUGAAAUAGGUGUGUGCUUUGGGCACACUCCGGUAUACUUGUGAAGUGUCCCCUUGUUCUUCAUUGAUAAUUGCUUGUGCUUUUUUGCUCACAUUAAUACUAAAUACAUUUCGUGCAUUAAACUAUGUUUUACAGUUAAAACUAUGAACAUGCAGGAGGCAGUGAUGGCCACCAGCCUAAGUAGCUUUAAAAGAGGGCUAUUGAAGGCUCCUUGCUAUGAUAGCUGUCCUUCUGAAUACUGUUGCUGGAAAACACAGGAAGGGGAGGGUGCUGCUCUUGUGGGCUUCCCCCAGCCAUCUGGUUGGCCGCUGUGAGCGCAGGAUGCUGGACUAGGUGGCCAUUGCCCUGAUCCAGCAGGGCUCUCGGCUCACGUUCAUGGCUGAUUACUUGACCCAGUGCUGUCACGUGGAUAACAAGGGCAAAGAGAGGGCAUGUCGUUUCCCAAAAAUGGUUCUGAUCAGCUGUGGUCAACUUCCUGACUCGAGUGAAAAGCACUUAAGUCAAAGGUGUUUGUCAAGGCAAAGAGCUUCAGUUUUGGGCUUGUGCGUUAUGAAUCAUUUAUGGCAGGGGUCAGCUAACUUUUUCAGCCGUGGGCCAGUCCACUGUCCCUUAGACCUUGUGGGGGGCCGGACUAUAUAUAUUUUUUUGGGGGGGGGAAUGAACGAAUUCCUAUGCCCCACAAAUAACCCAGUGAUGCCUUUUAAAUAAAAGCACACAUUCUACUCAUGUAAAAACACACUGAUUCCCGGACCGUCCAUGGGCCGGAUUUAGAAGGAGAUUGGGCCGGAUCCAGCCCCCGGGCCUUAGUUUGCCUACCCAUGAUCUAUGGCCAGAUUCCUCAAACUGUUGAUAGCUGAGGCACAUACUGUCUCCUGAAUUGAAAGUGGAGGCUCGGGUUCACUCAUUCACUAGAAGCUUAUUUUUAGCAUGUGUAGGAGGAUGAAUUUUCCUUUGCUCCCUCAUCCUCCCAGUGGUUUUGCAUGAAUCACUGAUCAUAUUGGAUGGAGGCAGACCUAGAGCAAUGACUUGUUCCAAGAACUAGCUGGGAACUUGCCUUUUGCAGCUAGGUAAAUUCUGCUGGGUCUUUGGCUCACUUGGUUAUUUCUGUUGCAAUCACAUCUUAUGCUGAAGGUGCAGAGUUGGGCCCAAUAUCUCCUAGCAGAGCUGCUAAAUGCACCUGUCUGAAAACCUGGAGAGCCCCUGCUAGUCAGUGCACAAAAUUCUGAGCUAGGUGAACCAUGGUCUGGCUUGGGAUAAGGCUGUUUCCUUACACCAAGGAAGUGUAGCUGUGUUGCUUAGUGGUUAGAGUGCAGGACUAGAACCUGGGAGAUCAGGGUUCAAAUCCAUACUCAGCCAUGAAGCUCGCUGGGUGACCUUGGGCCAGUCAAUGACUCUCAGCCUGGCCCACCUCACAAGGUUGUUGUGAGGAUAAAAGAGGAGGGGGAGAACCAUGUACAUCGCCCUGAGCUCCUUGGAGGAAAAAUGGGCUAUAAUAAACAAAUGACUUCACAAUCAUGCAGAGACAGUCUUCUGACAAGUCUCUUGCUUGUGUGUUAUGGUGUUGGGAGUGACUGAGUCAUCCAGCAGAGAAAUAACCACCAACAGUUGCAGAGAAAUAUCCAUCCAAGCUGGUUAGAGAGAAGUGUGGCCUGAAUGAUAAACCACGCAAAGUGAUUAUGGGCUGCCUCCUUCAUUUGUUGGCAAGUUGGGCUUUUAAAUUAAUGUACCAGUUUUAUAUCUAGCAACCUGCUACCGGGUCAUGGAAUGUCUGGUCUAAGGCCUGGUUGACUGAGGUGGAUAAAACGAUACUACAGACUGAAAGUGGAAGAUGGCGUAUCAGCAUGCUUCCUUGCAAGUUUUUUUAAAAUAAAAAACAAAGCCCAAUUUUUUUUAAGUACAUAGAAAGUUCGCAUAGCAAGGGGUGUGGUGUUCUGAAACAUUUCUUCCUGCUGUGCUAAAGUUCUGCUUGCAGGGAAUUUUUUCUUUAUGGAAGGGAAGAUUCUACCCCCUUCCUUUAUUUUUAGGAUUUUAAUCUGAAGCAAUAAAGUUCACUCUUAUCAUCUUGGGGUUCUUCCCCUGAAGAAUAAUGUCCCAACCUCCUUUGAUUGAUCUGUUUACCCAUGUUCUUUGAUACCAUUCGUUGGGUGCAAAUCUGCAUUCUACUUAUUUUUUACCUCUCUUUUGCUUUUCCUGCAAUAAACAGGACCAGUUGAGAAGAUGCUUCCCACUUGCCCCAGGAUUGUACCUGGGGUUAAGACUGGGAAUUGACCUCUGACUCUCCCCUCUGCUCCUCCCCUUCCUCCUCGUCUUGUCCCUCACUGCAGGGACAAGGGAUUGGGGGACAGUGUAUGAUUAUUUGAACAUGCGGUCUCCCUGCUACUGCAAAAUAAAACCUACUUUUUGGUGGUUUGCUUCAAAGUGGGGGAUAUCAUCUGAAUAGGCUCCUGGAAAGGCAAUUAAGGAGCAAGGAGGUGGCCCUAUUUAUCAGCCUUCUGUAUAAGAACAUAGGAAGAGCUGUGCUGGAUCAGCCCAGUGGCUCAUUCAGUCCAGCAUCCUGUUCUCACAGUGGCCAACCAGAUGCCCAUGGGAAACAGGGAAACAAAGCAGGAUUUGAGCACAAGCGUACCUUCCUUUCCCAUGGUUCCCAGCUGUGGAGUCGUGGUUCGUUUAUCAUAGUUUAUCUCCUGAAACCAUAGUUUGUCUCCUUCUCUUAAGGUUUUCGAGACUUGGUGUAGUUAUUUUAAACAUCGUGCAGGGAAUAAAAACUUGGUUGUCCUUCUCCUCACCCUUUCCACAUGUCCAAAAUCAUUUUACAGGGAGCCGUCGGAUUGUGGAUGUAAUGGACGUCAACACACAAAAGGGCACAGAGAUGAGCAUGUCCCAGUUUGUGCGAUAUUACGAAACCCCGGAGGCGGAACGCAAGAAGUUGUACAACGUGAUCAGCCUUGAGUUCAGCCACACGAAGCUGGCAAACAUCGUCAAGCGCCCCAAUGUGGUAAGCUGAGACCUCUUUGGGUGGUUAUUGCACUUAGGGUACAUUGGGGCAGUUUGGUCCUUUUAGACCAGGGAGUAACCUGACCCUCUAGGUCAGCGGUUCUCAACCUGUGGGUCCAGACGUUUUUGGACCACAACUCCCAUCAUCUCUGAGCUCUGGCCUUGCUAGCUAGGGGUGAUGGGAGUUGUAGUCCAACAACAUCUGGGGACCCACAGGUUGAGAAAGGCUGCUCUAGGUGUUGUUGGGUCACAUCUUCCCUGACCAUUCCCCAUUCUGACUGGGGCUGAUGGGAGUUGGGGGACCCCCAACACCGGGAGUGCCAAAGGUGCCCAAUUCCUGGUUUAUCCCCUAGUCUUAGUGGUCUUACUGAAGGUCCUCCUUUUUAGAUGUCAGUGUACGUUGCUUCACUUACUCUGCAAUGUGGUGAGCCAGCCCUGCUGUAUUUUGGGAGAUCUUCCUGUUGGUCCUGCUGAGCCAGUCAAUGGGCAUCUGCCCAAAAGUCCUAUACUGAAAGCAGUGUGUAUGUGUGUGUGUUUGUUCAGUGAACACAACAGAAGAACCUAUUGGAUCUGACCCGUGGCCCCUCUAGUCCAGCAUCCUCUUCUUACAUUGGCCCACCGAAUGCUGGUGGGAAACCAGUGAGCAGAUCGAGAGAGCAAGAGCAACUCUUGCCCUCCCCUGGUUUCCAGCAACUGUUAUUUGGAAGUCAGAGCACAUAUAAAUAAAUAUAGAACAAUAGCCCAGACUUUGGAACUGCCUCCCUAGAGAAGUUAGAAUGGCUCUUUCCUUUUUGGGAACUGACUGCUGGUGGCGGGCCGGUUUAUUAUUAUUAUUAUUACUGUAAUUAACUAUGUUUUAGAUUAUCUAUCCAUCUACCUGUUUGUUUAAUUGUUUUUCCCCCUGUGUUUUCAGCUGUUCUUAUUUUUAAUAUCUGUAAGCUGCCUUGAGUCCCUGUCAGGGGGAAAAAGGCAGGAUAUAAAUAAAAUUACAAUAGUUAUAAUAAUGCAAAGCCAGCGUAUCUAGUAGCCAUCGAUAGCCCUCUCUGCCAUGAGCUUGUCCAGGGGUCAGCAAACUUUUUCAGCAGGGGGCCAGUCCACUGUCCCUCAGACCUUGUGGGGGGCCGGACCAUUGUGUGACUGUUUGCUGUGUAAAAAUGGACUUAGUAAUCUGUCCUGAAUCUUCCAACCUUCAGUUGCGUUGGGUGCUCAGGAGUUUUAGUGCUAUGAGAGAAGAGGAAAGCUCUUCCCUGUCCACUUUCUCCAUGCCAGGCAUAAUUUUAGAAACUUUUGUCAUGCUGCGUCUUACUCCCAACUUAGUUUUCUCCAAACUGAAAAGGCCCCAGAGCUGCAGCCUUUCCUUGCAGGGGAGUCACUCCCCCCCCCCCCAAAGAUCAUUUUGCUUGCAGUUUCCUGAACUUUUCCCCCAACUCAUCAAUAUCCUUUUUGAGUUGAAGCGACCAGAACGGUACACAGGACUUCAAAUAUGGUCACACCAUGGAAUGAUUUGUAGUAGGGCUGUGAUUGUAAUCCGUUAGAUUAAUCAGUUAAAAUUAUUGACUAAAAUGCACCCUCAAUUAAUUGGGAAACACAUUUUUUAAAGAAGUUUAUAUUUAAAAUAUAAUUUUAAUGUAACAAUUGCAGAUAGCAGGGGCCCUCUUAGAAGAGGCAUUCCCAACCUCUCCAUCCUGUCUGAAGAGGAUUUUUUUAUAAAAUUAUUAUUUUAUAAUGUGAUUGUAAUAUAGCUUUUAUUAAUUUCUCAAAAGCAUUUUACCCUGUUCUUCACCCAAAAAGCUUGAGUAGCUUAGUAAUGACAGGGAUCCACUUAAACAUAUGCAUGUUUCUGCUUUCCUCUUCCCUUGAAAUGAUUAUUCUAAUCAUAUGUAAAUAUAUACAGGUUUGAUUGAUUGAUUUCCUCCAUUAAAACUUAUUUUUAUUGACUGACCUUGCCGUGCUCUCUUGGCUUGUAUGUUUCUAUGCUUCAUGCUAACAGGGCUACUCUGAAGUAGGUAAGCAGCGGCUAUGUGCCCUGUCUCUCGUCUUCCUCUUUUAGUUCUAUCCUGCCUUAUUUUUAGGGAUCAUCCAAUGGAACUGAUUGGCAGUAGGCACAGGACCAAGGGAAUUAUUUCUCUAUGCACCACACAGUGCAUAAUCAACUUAACACAGUUCAUCGUCCCACGAUUUUGUUGUGGCUGCUAGUGGCAGGCUUGCAAACAGCCACUUGGCUAUUGGAUAAAUUCACAGGGGACUGUCCUGUCGAUGGCUGUUAGGCGUAAUUGCUAGGAUUGGAACCUGUAGUGGCUGAUAACUGGAUUAGUGGAACUUUUAAUGCCUUCCCUUCCCCGCACCAGGAUUUGUUUCAUGCUUGUAAAGGUUUCUCCAUUGAGAAAGAGCAGCUAUUUCUAUGGAUCAGUGGAGAAUCAUAAUGGCUGCAGUAGAACCUUCAUGCCUGGGUAACUGAAUACUACUUGCUGGGAAUGAUGGUGGGAGAGGACUGUGGUCUUCAUGGAGCAUCUAAUUGGUCACUGGGGGAAGCAGGAUGCAAGCCUAGAUGGACAUUUGAGUCCAAUCUAGCUGGGCUCUUCUUAUGAGCCUUUAUGGCUGCCUCCCUGUUUGAUGUCUUCCUACACCCUGUCAAUUGUUGCAGAUGGAUUGCUGAACCUGGGGGACGGGGACGGGGGACGGGGACGGACCUGUGGUGUGAUCCAGCGCAGGCAUGGCCUACUUGAUGAUGUGCACAUCCACCUCGUCUGCCUGAUACCAGUCAAUGGGAACUUUGUUCUAAGUCUCCCCAAACCUCUGUGCACAGUCUUGCAAAUUCACAUUCCAAAAGAUGUCCCAAAAUUUCAUGUCCCCUAAAUAAAUAAAUAAACGUUUGCCCUAACAAAAUCCUGAGAAUGGUGCACAAGUUGUUGUGUACAAAUGUGACAUUGUGAGAUCUAAGCCAGCCUCAGAAAACCAUGGAACUGUACAGUAACCGUGAGAGGAAUGUAAUCUUUGUAAUUCACAUUUCUGGCAGAAUUCAGCGUUGCGUGUUGCAGAAUGUGGAUUGCUUGGGGUGGCAGAGUUUUGGUUUCUUUUUCCGCCUGCACACACAUAGCUUUGCCAGUAUCCCUUCCUUGCUCUGAGAUCUUUCUCCAACAUUUCCUGACUUAACUGGUUCCUUUGGAUGCCCUUUUAGGUAGACUUGGUCGACUGGGUGGAUAACAUGUGGCCUCGGCAUCUGAAGGAGAGACAGACAGACGCCACCAAUACCAUCUCAGAGAUGAAGUAUCCAAAAGUAAAAAAGUAAGUUGAUUUUGCUUCAUUAUGAACCACUCCCUGUGGAAUCUCCUGCUGGUGUGAAGCUUCGGCUUCGGAUGAAAUUUGAACCGAGCUACGCCACCAGCAGAAUCAUAUAGUGUGGCUCUUGUUGGGCUGGAAUUAUUUUGGGAUGCAAGGCGGGGAUUGCAUGUUUGAAUGUUCUCUGUGUCAGUGAUGGAACACAGGCAGGACAAGGUUCCCAGGGACCCCAAGAGCUGUUUGCAGAGGUGCAAGGCAUCACCGGUGAAAAGACUAGCCCAGCACAAAGUUUGGUUGUGGUCAGUUUGAGGUGGGAGUCACCGAUGUGGGACCUGAGGGCAGAGUGGCGCCCCUGAGGUGUUUCCCUGGUGCCCGUGAUGCCUAUUAGCCUGCCUCCCACCCUGCCUUUUUUAUUGUGAUGUGGUGAAGAGCGUUACCUCCUCAGCCCGAAAAGUACACAGAACUGCAUAGCAGGGGACUAGAUGACCCUUAGGAUCCUUUCCAACUCUACAGUUCAGUGAUUCGAUGCAGUUAGAAGAGUGGUACGCAUUUGGUGAUUCUGGAAUAAUCAUUGGCUUGUAAAAUGCUGUUUUAUUUAUAUUUUACGAUGCCCCAAGGGAUUUGGUGAUGGCUGAGUGUCUGGGCACAUCUGCCGAUAUGUUCGAGAGGUACUGGCCAUUCAGAAGGGCCUCUGGCUCUGGUUGUAACCUUAGAUAGGAGUUGGGCAAGCAGAAUAUCUUAGCAAAGUUUAUUAUUUAGUAUUAUUUAUUCUGUCUAAGGAGCAUGGAGCCAGGUCAUGCUUUGGAACCCUUCCUCAAGCCUCUAUAGGAAUCUAGUUCAGUUUUUGAGAUUUCAGCUGCACCACUUUUAUAACCACGAAAGCUAGAAAUGUGGGAAGUGUGGCAUUGUUUUAAAGAAAGCUUAGAUUCUCAGGAAGCUCAUGUUCUGUGCUUUUGUCUGCAUUUCCAAGGAACUGAAGCAUACAAGACGCCUUGCUAAUGUGUGCGCCUGUAGUUCUGUGUUCUUUUUCUAAAUCUAAAUCUAACGCUGGUCCAAUUUUCUCAAAUGGAAAGCAGACCAGCAAAAAAGCAAAAGAGAAAUGAAAAGUGAUGGUGGUUUUUGUAAACAUAGAUGGUGCCAUCCAGUGCAGAUGUUGAUUUUGGCUGCGAACUGUAAAGUUCUGUGCUGGGGAUGAAGUUAGCGAUUGUUCCAUCUGCUGUACCAGUUCAGAGAUGAUGCUUGAGAAGGAGCUGGAGAAUGAACUGGAUCUGUUCCAUUAACUCUUUUGAGGAUGGUGCUUCUUUCCCCCAUCUCCUCCUUCCUUUCAUUGAUGUUUUGAAUAUUGUUGUGAAUUGCUUCCAACAGGCAGUGAGUGACUUGCUUCCUGUGAAAGGCAAGGACCCCCAGAUUAUGGGACAACUGCCACUGUGUUGUUGGGGGAAAACAAAUGAAUGAAAAAGUGUCUGCAAACCUGGUGGCCUCAGGGCACAGAGAAGGUGGAUGUCUGUGUUUUGGUAGCGCUGUCUUUCUCUUCAGUACCAGUCGGCCUCUGCUGGGGGUGGAACAUCUAUGUCAAGUAUGAUCACAUCAGUCACUUCUCAUGGCUUAGCUUUACAUGUAGAGGCUGUGGAAAGCCUUGCGGUUUGCACUCCCCUCCCUUCUUUUGCACACAAGAGGAGGAGAUAAACUUGCACUUUCAAUUUCAAAGUAGCUGGAGCUCCCCAUUACAUCCGGACUUGAGGAAUGCUUGUUAAUGUAAGAUUGUUUUUGUUUACAUGGGAAGAUUUAUAUACUGUUUAAUGAAAAAUAAACAAGCUUAUAAGCAUACUUAUAAGCAUGCUUACAAUUUUGCCUUGCUUCCUAACUAGAGCCUAAAACCUGGGUGGGCAACCUGGGGCCCUCCAGCCGGGCCAGUGGUUGGGGAUGAUGGAAAUUGUAGCCGAACAAUAUCUGGAGGGCCACAGAAUAGCCAUCCCUGAGCUAAACCUACCAGGGGAUUCUGGUUAGUCUUGAAGAACACCGCAGGAGGGGAGGGUGAGUGCCCAGCUUCUACCCAUAAUGCUAAAUGAGGGGUGUGGAAGCUGUGGCCCCCUCCCAGUGUAGUUGGACUCCACCUCCAAUCAUCGCUGACCGUUGGUCAUCCUGGAUGGGGCUGCUGCGUGUUGGAGGCUCAUUGGUUCGCCAUCCCUAGGUUAAGCUGCUAUUGAGUGUUAUCUGAAAUGGCUCUUCCUCUCGAGUCACGUUAAAAGCAAACUUUUCAGGUGUAAGUGUGAACCUUGCCCCCAAUUUUUACUGAGAAAUAAAGUGUUCCUCAGCUUCAGCCUAAGGGACGCGGGUGGCGCUGUUGGUUAAACCACUGAGCCUAGGGCUUGCUGAACAGAAGGUCGGCGGUUUGAAUCCUCGCAGUGGGGUGAGCUCCCGUUGCUCGGUCCCUGCUCCUGCCAACCUAGCAGUUUGAAAGCACAUCAAAGUGCAAGUAGAUCAAUAGGUACCGCUCCGGCAGGAAGGUAAACGGCGUUUCCGUGCGCUGCUCUGGUUUGCCAGAAGCGGCUUAGUCAUGCUGGCCACAUGACCCGGAAGCUGUAGGCCGGCUCCCUCGGCCAAUAAAGCAAGAUGAGUGCUGCAACCCCAGAGUCGGCCAUGACUGGACCUAAUGGUCAGGGGUCCCUUUACCUUUACAGCUUCAGCCUUCAGAGUUUUGGGGAGCACAGCAAACUAAGUUCCAUAUUUACUAGGGGCUUCCAUCCCUGCUCACGUUGAUUGCCACCCCAUGCCCCAAAGGUUUACCUAAAACUUCCCCAACGACUCCCCCCAAUUCUGAGAUCCCCCAGCUGUUGGCCCUGCACACAGAGGAGAGGGGAAUGAAGAGGACGGAGUCUUCGUCUCCACACUGCUACUUGACAGAAGGAGGUUUGAAAUGGCAGCAGACUAUGGGCGGAGAGACUUCAGCCUGUGGCAGCAGUGGCAAACAUGGGGAGCUUGGGAAGGCCUUCAUGGGCUGACCACCCGGCUGCCCGGUCACUUGCCCCUCCAGACAACCUGUACCUUUGCUCUCUCGGCCACCUGGGCCACCCACUUGCUCAGAUCCCAGGCUUUCUAUGCCCCUGUUGUGUGUGCAUGCUCCAUAACUGAGCCAAGGGUGUGACAACCUGUGCAACAUGGGAAGCCCUUAGCAACUUGGGACUUAUUUGCCUUCAAUAUCGCCUUACCCCACAUGUGCCCACUCAGACGCUUCAGUCGGCAGAAUGGGCUGCCACAUAAUACCCGUCCCACUUUUGUAAGAACUUGGUUGUUUAGUGUGGCAGCAUCUACACUUUGGAACUCCCUACAUAUUGAGAUCAAGCAGAUACCUUCACUGUACUCUUUUUGGUGCCUGCUUAAAACAUUUUUGUUUCGACAAGCCUGCCCAGAUGGCUAGAAAGCUGAGGUAAUUCUUAACCUGUAUUUUGACUUUUGGAUGUUUUAAAGCAGGGGUGCCCAAACUUUUUUCAAAGAGGGCCAGAUUUGAUGAAAUGAACAUGCAUGAGGACUGGCCAAAGUUGCUGAGCUUUUUCUAGGAUUAAACUUGUUGAUCUUUUUUAAGGAUUUGUCCCCAAUAAACAAACUGCCACAGGGGCUGGAGAAAACCAACCGGCGGGCCAGAUUAGGCCGCCAAAACAGACUUUGGACAUGUCUGUUUUAAAGUAUGGCUGUGAAUUCUUCUCAAUUUUUUUUGUUUUAUCUUUUUGUAAACCAAAAAAAACAAAAACAAAACACACAACUCAAUCAAGCAGUAUAUGAAUCUUAUGAAAGAAAAGAAAAGGGAAGGCCAAUCUGGGCCAUUUUCUUGCUUGUUCUUCUAGCCUGCCUGCUUGGCUCGCUCACUCCGCAGACGUUGUUAUUAUUUAUUAAAUGUACAUACCACCCUUCAUUUGAGGAUCAGAGUGUGGCUUAGAGCAGAAAAACACAAAAAUGCAUGACAUAAUAACGAACACAAUAAUUCCCUCGCCUACUGGCCACCUACUGGCAGCCAUGCAAACUGCAGCAUGGCAACUUUUUCCUUUAAAAAAAAAAAUCUCAGAAAGGAAAUACAGUGGUACCUCGGGUUACAUAUGCUUCAGGUUACAGACUCCACUAACCCAGAAGUAGUACCUCGGGUUAAGAACUUUGCUUCAGGAAAUCGUGCUUCGGCUGCGCAGCGGCAGCAGGAGGCCCCAUUAGCUAGAGUGGUACUUCAGGUUAAGAACAGUUUCAGGUUAAGAACGGACCUCCGGAAUGAAUUAAGUACUUAACCCGAGGUACACUGUAUUUGUAAGGCAGCAGACCAGUGCUGUGUUGGGCUUUCCUUGCUUUCCCAGCUAUGCUUGUGUGAUCAUUUAGUGGCUGGAUUUGCAGGAUUUGCAGUUUAAGAGACUGUGCAGGUCCUCCUGCGGUGGGAGCUGCGGCCUUGAUAGUGAAACCCAAAGGAUGAGGGCAGGAAUGCCAUCUGGAUUAUCCUGGCCCUUCAAGGGCGUCCCUGUUCUUGAUGCCAGACCUGAAUGUGGUUUUUAUUAUGGGAAGGUGUCUUGGGGCACCUGCUGGAAACAUUCCUGCAUAGACAAGCCUACCCAGAUGCUUAGAAAGUUGAGGUAAUUCUUAAUCUGGUUAAGUAUUUCAACCUUCAAAGUUUCUUUCGGAAAUCAAAAGAAAUAAAGAUCAUCAAGUUCGAGACAAAACAAAAUGUUUUUCUCUCUUUUGUGGUUGGCUGUCUUAACUGUAUUUUAUUCUGAAAUUGUUCUAUGGGUCUUUGGACCGCAAUAAAGAUUUAUUAUUAUUAAGUAUUCCAACCUUCAGAUGUUUUAAAGUAUGGCUGUGAAUUCGUCUCUGUUUUCUUGUUUUAUCCUUUUGUAAAUUGCUUUGAGGGUUGUGGUUUUUCGCAAUCAAGCAGCGUAUGAAUCUUAUGAAAUAAAUAAAUACUAUAAAUAUUCCAAAUAAUAAUAAUAUACACCUGGAUUACAAAGUUUGUACAUAACUUGACAUCUUUGCAGGCUCGUAGCCAAAACUCCUAUGGUCUAAGUGGGGAAGGAAUCAUUGCAGAACAGCUGGAUUAUAAAUAUAGGUCGCUUAAAAAGUUAUUACUGGUACUCUGUGUUACUAUUUAGGGAGCAGUUGGUUAGAACAAGGCCUUCCCACUUCCCUUUAUAUCUUUGCAGCUAGCAGGGCUGGGGCCUUCCAAAUGUUGUUGGAUUCCCGCACAGCCAGAGGUUAGGGAUUUUGGGAAUCAACUCCGACAAGAUCUGAAGGGCUGUGGGUUCUCCACCCCUGGGCUAGAGGCUGAUGUUUUUCAGUGCAAGCGGAACAUGAUUUUUCCUUUCUUCCUUUUCUUCUCUUCCCCCCCUUCCCUUUCUUUCAUUAAACUUGCUAGUAAUUGCUAUAUAGUCAUUUUUAAAAUUUAUUUACGAUUUUAAAUGCAAGCUGAACGUUGAGGGGGGGUUCCCCCCCCCCCCGAAUAUCCCUGAUUUUGUUACAGGUCCACCUGAACUGCUGCCUGGUUCUUUUGGGGCCUAGUCUCACCACCUCAGGCCUUAAAUGGUGGCAUCAGCUGUAAACGGCAGGUGUGCCCUUUGCCUGGUGGCGCCAAUGUGUGCCCUUUAAGGUAGAAAUGUGAGAGAAAAAUGUAGGCACCGUGAGACCCUACAAACUGCAUCUGUUGAUUUUAUUGAAUGAAAAUGGUUGACUGCUCCAAAGCAGUUUUGAAUAUGUACAGAACAUGUUAUGUUAAACCACAUGUAUAUAAACCUAUAUGAAACAGCAGAAACCGCAUUCUUUGGAAAGAGGGAAACAGUGGCUUUGUUUCCCAGGCCUAUGAACCCUUAUUACUUGGACAAAUGGAGAGUGAAUUCAGGUUCCUUUCUGUGUUUUGAUAAACUGGUGCAUCCAAAGGACUUGGGCCGGUAGCAGCACUGACCAGGCAGAUGUCUUUAAUUGUGUAGACGCAGAAUGUUUUGUCUAUGCUACAGGAGAUUAAAACCUCUUCACAUGUUAGCACAUCCCUCCACAGAAGGUUCUCACUCAGCCAUGAUGCUCGUGAGCAUAAGAAGGGUCUACUGGGUCAGGCUGAUAGCCCAUCUAGUCCUGUAUCCUGUUCUCACAGUGGCCAACCAGACACCUGUGGAGCAGAACAUGAGCACGAGAGAGAGUUCUCUCCCCUCUUGAAGUUGUGGAGGCAGAGCACAUCAUGGCUGGCAGUCGUUCAUAGUCUUCUCCUCCAUGAAUUUGUUUCCCAUACUAUUUGGUACCACUGGUCCAUGCUUACUCCUGACAGGUCUCUCCAGUGUCUGGUUAUGGUGUUUCUGGCUGCUGAAAGUAGGUGGGUUAUGAGUGCUUUGUGGUGUAAAUGGGCAUUGUUGUCUUGGAAUAUGUUUAGUGGGGCCAAUUCUGGCGUGAUGUCUAAUACUUUCUUAGUUAUUUUACAUAUUUCUCGUAUGGCUGUUGUCCAGAAUAGUUGGAUUUUGGGACACUCCCACCACAUGUGGAGGUAUGUGCCUGUGGAGGUGCACCCUUUCCAGCAUUUUGGUGAGGUUCCUGGGCGUAUUAGUGCUAUUGUGCAAUCUUUUUUUAAAGCCUUCCAGGUUGGUCGUCAUCACUUCCUCCUCAGGGAGCAAGUUCUAUAGUUUAACUAUGUGCUGCACAAAGAAGUACUUUCCUUUAUCUGCCCUAAGUCUUCAAAAACUCAGCUUCACAAGUUCUAGUGUUAGGGAGAAACACUUUUCUCUAUCCACUUUCUCCAUGCCAGGCAUAAUUUUAUAAUCUCUUACCGUAGGCUAUUCACUCCCUUAGCCUAACCUACCUCACAGGUCUCUUUGCAAAGAUCAAAUCCAGCAGACAGAGAGUGAGAGACCCACAUUCUGUAUUUACUCAAAUCUAAUGCUCACCUUUUUUGGCCAAAUUACGUUGCGAAAAUUAAGGUGUGUAUUAGAUUCGAUGGCACAUACACAUUCGCCAGCAAAUACGUUUUUGGUUUCAAAGUUCUGAAAAUUAUGAUUUGGGGGCAGGGAGGUGUGAGUGUCCUUUGCAUGUGUGUGUUGUGGGAGGGAGAGGGGCUGCUGAGCUGGAUAAGGACACUCUUUCUCCAAACCCUGGGGGUACGGAUGUUAGCUGUUGUUCAGUGGGGAGUGUCCCCCCCCCAUCCCAUCCACUUCUCACCUCUUUUUUCUCUCCAAACAAAGGCAAGAGCAGUGGGAGAGAGGAUAUGCUUUGAGCAAGAUGGGCUUGUCCUUUGCAGCAGAGGCAGGAAGACCAGUACAGUGGUACCUCGGGUUAAGAACUUAAUUCGUUCUGGAGGUCCGUUCUUCACUUGAAACUGUUCUUAACCUGAAGCACCACUUUAGCUAAUGGGGCCUCCUGCUGCUGCUGCGCCGCUGGAGCACGAUUUCUGUUCUCAUCCUGAAGCAAAGUUCUUAACCCGAGGUACUAUUUCUGGCUUAGCGGAGUCUGUAACCUGAAGCGUCUCUAACCCGAGGUACCACUGUACCAGAAACGUUAUUGUCGGUUAACUCUUGCUUUGCUUUGUAUUUCUGUACUUAAGCUUAGGUGGAUUUUUUUUUUUUUGUAGUAAUUGAAUUUAUUGAAUGGUUGGUUUUUGCCAUUUUUGAAUUUACCAACAUGUAUGUCAUAUAUUUGUAUUUUCAAUGCUCUGUGUGUGAUAUUUUGAAUGUUUGCUGUAAGACACUUCAGGCAUAGCUAAUUGUGGAAAAGCGUCAUAUAAGUAAACUCAAUCGACUUAUGCAUCCCUUAAAUCCUGCACUGUGGAACUGGCCACCCUAAAUCAUAUUUAUGCUGCCAUGUUUUCCCUCUGAACUACAGGAUAGUUCAGAAACAAAGGCCACACUCCCCUCACCUGAUGGUUGCCGAAAUCCACAGUUUUGCUCAUGGCAGUUUGUUGCUGCCUCACAGUUCAUUGUGGCAGUUAAGGCAAAAUCACCAUUUUUUUGUUUCCCUUCACUGCAGGCUAAUAGCAGGGUGUGUGUGUGUGCCUAGCUUUUUCGAUUGCUUGUCUUUUUAUCAUACUGUUUCCUUGAAGAGAGGCUAAGGGUGAUUCACCCCUGCUUUUAAUUUCACAACAACCUUGUGAGGUAGGUUAGGGUGAGAGCACAGAAUGGCCCAAGGCCAACCAGUGAGCUUCCACAGCUGAAAGGGGAUUUGAACCCGAGUCUCAACGCCCUAUUUCAACACUGCAGCCCCUACACUAGGUUGGCAGCUUAGAUAAUGUAAUGGGCUCCCCCUGGAAUGAUGGGCUAGAACUUGCCAGUGGCUAAUAUGGAACCCUAGUACUGGAAAUGUUACCCUUCCCUCCUCAAGAUUGGAGACAGUGCAGUGCUGUGGUGCCAGCUCACUUGUUCAGCUUUCUUGCCCUGUCCUGAAGUAUCAGUGUAUGUUGCUCUUGGCACCUGUUCCGACAUAAAUAUGCCCCUCUUUCUACCCUUACCAUACCAGGUAGGUUGGACGAAGACCCUGUCUACUGUCCUUGUAUGAAAACCAUGUCCAUGUACGAAUUAGCACAAAUCUUAUUGCGGAGAUAAUCAUUCAGGGCAAGCCUGAAUGCAUGCGCAGAGAGAAGCUGUGUGUUACUGUUGCUGUCUGGCGUGGUGCAGCAAAAAGCAGGGGUGAGAAAUCAGAAGGAAUUUCCUGUAGCAGUCAGGUCAUGUGUGAAGUGGCCCUCCAAGAUCUUCAGGGUGCUAAAAAAAUACAGUUACCGUAUUUUUCACUCUAUAGGACACACUUUUUCCCCUUCAAAAAUGAAGGGGAAAUGUGUGUGCGUCCUAUGGAGCGAAGACGCCAUAGCCCUGCGACCCUUUCCCGGCUGGAGAGGUGACGCGCGGAUAUGGCUCUCCGCUGCGCCUUUCCGCUGCUCCCUGACCUGCUCUUUGGGGCUGGUGGUGGUCUUCCCCCCGCCAGCCCCAAAGAGCAGGUCGAAAGGAACCUGAAGCCUGGAGAGCGAGAGGGGUCAGUGCACACCGAUCCCUCUCGCUCUCCAGGCCUCCAGGUAGCCGCCUGAACGCACCUUAAACGGCACCUUGUUUUAGAGCGGGAAAACAAGAGGGAAGUUCUCCCCUCUCUGCGCAGCACCUCCUGCCGCUUCGCUGAAGGGGCACUGGGCAGAGAGGGGGGAGAUUUUUUUUUUCUUGUUCUCCCCCCUCUAAAACAAAGUGCGUCCUAUUGUCCGGUGCGUCCUAUGGUGCGAAAAAUACGGUAACUUCUCUGCAAAAUAGGAAUUUGAAUUCAAUAUACUGUCUCUCAACACGGCACUCUGGGGUUAAUGAUUUCCCCCUCUAGAUAUUUUGUUGUUGGAGACACAAUUCUGUAAGUGGUAAUUACUGCUACAGCUCAUAAUACGUUGUUCUGGAGCAUUCUCCUAUUUGAAUAACAGUGUUGCGCCCAUCUGAUACAGUGGACGCUCGGGUUGCGAACGUGAUCCAUGCGGGAGGCACGUUCACAACCCGCAGGGUUCGCAACCCGCAGUGCGCACGCGUGGGUCACGAUUCAGCGCUUAUGCGCAAAACACCAACAACCGGAAGUAACCUGUUCCAGUACUUCCGGGUUUGGCGCAGUGCGCAACCUAAACAUGCGCAAUCUGAAGCGUUUGUAACCCAAGGUAUGACUGUACUGUCUUUAUAUGUGUAGGUGAACUAGCUAUGGCAGAUGUUAUGCAUCGGGUUUAACACAUUUUAUGUUACAAGGCGCGUUUUAUUUAAUAGCAGACCUUUUUGUGGUACUGGUGUGAUCCCCCCCCCCAAAAAAAAUUAUUGUUAUUGUUUAGCUUGAAAAGUUCCAAUUUAAAGGGUAGUUAAUGAUUAACAACAAUUUGGUGUUUCAGUUCUGUUUGUGAGGGUCAGUGAAAGUACUAAUUUCCUCCAGUUUAUGUUUGUAAGAUUAAAAAAUGACCCUGAUAGUAAGUGGCAGUGCUUCUGCAAAAUUUCUUGACUGUCCUGUGGGAUUAUUUGUGUCUUUUAUAUGCUCGUGGAGGGGAGAAGCCCUGGCAUUUCAAAUGUGUGUGAACAUGAGGAUAAGCACAGAGAAACCAUGUGAAGAAUCCCAGACUUGAAGCAAAACAUUGUGUGUGUAAGGGCCCCCAUAACUGAGCCCCUCACAACCAAUUAAUAAAUGAACCUAUCACGUCUCUCGCCUCAUAAAUACUCCAUGCCUCAUAUUAGUGCCAAGAGAGCAGCUACAAACGUAUGUUUAAUUAUGGGGAAAAACCAAAACCUCAAAUCCUCUCUCUGUAGUUUUGCCAUAGUUUUAUGAUGCUGGAUUUUAGACUUGUGCUUUUCCAACCCCCCUGACGCGCUCUCUUAGAAGGAAGGAAGGAGUUACACUUUCCUCAUUGGCCUGAACAAAAGAAAAAAGGAAAAAAGAAAUCCCACUGAGACCAGGGAGCCAUCUGCUAGGAAUUGGGAGUGGUUUUAUAGUCUGAUCUCAGAGGUAGGGGUGGCCUUGUAAGGCCAGAGGCCAGAGGCUGGGCUGAAACUCCAGCCGGAGGCGAGGAACUGAUCGGAGGGUAAUGAUUGUGUUUGUCUGUCCAUUGGCUUAUUCGCUUGUGCACAUGCUUUCUCUAGGAGUUUGGCUGAACAUGUGUGGCUUUUACUUCUCUCGUAGCAGGCCCAGUUUUCCUUCUGCAUCUCUCUGUCCCUCAUGUGAGACACUUCUUUCCACUGCAUAUACCUGCCGGGGAGUUUUCUUUGUCAGUUGGUGUUGAUCAAUUCAUCCCUCUGUGUUGGUUUCCCCAUGAUGGUUCUGUGUCUUCCCCCUUGCUUUUCCCUUUUUGCUCCCUUACACAUCUGUGUCCACUAUCUUUCCUAUUUUUCUGCACAUGUUGUUACAUUUUACCCGUGAAUUGGUGCAUUUCUGGGAACUUGUCCGGAAUUAUUUGCUGAUGAGGUUGAUUUUGGCCACAGUGGGCCAGGAACAAUUCUUCUGGAAACACCUGGGAAUUGAGAUGGUACCACAGAAAUCGGUUCUUACACAAUUCAAAAGAGGGACGCAUUUCACUGUUUUAAAACAUUGUACAGUGGUACCUCUGGAUGCGAAUGGGAUCCGUUCCGGAAUCCCGUUUGCAUCCUGAAGUGAACGCAACCCGCGCACGUGAUUCACCACUUCUGCGCAUGCGCAUGACGUCAUUUUGAGUAUCUGUGCAUACGCGAGCGGCAAAACCCGGAAGUAACGUGCUCCAUUACUUCCGGGUCGCUGCAGAGCGCAACCCGAAAACGCUCAACCCGAAGCUACUUCAACCCGAGGUAUGACUGUACAUACAAUAGCUGGGUGUAUAACAGAAAUUUCUUGCUAUCCCAUAUGUUGCCAGUUUGUGUUGUCCAAGGCAGUUGCCUGUGCCUUUUCUUCUGCUGUGCCUAUCCAUUUCCUGUGGCGAUUCUGUGCCCCAUUUUCCACAGCAUUGUGGGUUUCCGUUUCUGUUUCUUGUGCAGUUAUGCAAAUCUGUGGCAUACAUUCAUCAUGUCACAGUGAGACUUCAGUAUGGUCGAAGGAAUUGUACAUAGCAUCUCUCAGGGAGAUUUAAAAAAAAAAAUUAUAAAGGCAAUCUUUAGAAGAGCAUCAGACAAGGAAAUCUCUGCCCACACAUUUAUGGGGACAACACAGGAAGAAAAUAACACCCACAAAGCUUAGAGAUAGCCUUUUUGGUGCUUUAAUGGAGUGUAUGCAAAGUGACACAGCAAUUAUUUCUAAUUUGGGUGCAAUUAAAGCGGUUGACACAAAUGCUGCCUGAAUCCCCUCAGCUAAGUAGCAGCACAGAAAAUUCCCCAGUAAACCCCACCCCACCCUGUAUCUUACUGUUCACCACCUUCCAAAUUUUUAUUGACCUAACAAAAAAGAAAUUACAAAAUGCAACAGCUCAGUGGCUGAGCAUCUUUCUAGUCCAUGGCAAAGUCACAAACUGAACUUUCUAGGGAGAAAAUGAGGCAUCAGAAAAUACGUGGCCUCAGAAAAUGCAAGAUGGCUGUUGAAAUUUAAUGAAAUUAUCAAGGGAUGGGCAGUGGAAUUUAAAUCUUGCAUUUUUACUGGGGCUGCAAUUUUUUUUUUUUAUAAAAAAGCAUUUUUUAUUUUUUUUUGCAAGAGUUUGCAGUUCAAGGAGCUGGAAGCCCCAUGAUUCUGCCUAUCCUCUCCCCCCCCCCCCAAGCUCCCCAUGUCUUCUUAAGUCCUUAGGGCUCUGCAUUAUUUUAAACACGUUGCUCUCAGCCUAUUGCAGGCAGUGGGAGAGCUUCACCUAGAUGUGGGUUGAACUGAGGAAGUUUCCUUUUUUCCAAAAUGGACUCUCAAGCAAUUUCAUGCGGCAGAGAAAAGCCCCUUUGAGAAGUUGAGCCUCCUUCUCCCAGAGCAAAGGCAAGUCCGUUUUGUGAUGAGAAACCUGCUUGCCAAGGCUGGAGUGGGAUGUCAGAUUAGCCUCCGCAGCAGAAGCUGCUGUGAGUGGAGCAUGUGACUGCAGCGCUAUGUUGGGAGGAAGCGGUAGAGGUCAACGCAAAGGCAUUUCGCCAGAGACUGCAUGGCGGAUGAGAGCUUUUUCAGAUCCCUAACCCUUUCAUCAGCCGCCGAUAGCGAACAGAGGAGCGUCAGAUUAAUAAUGGAAAUUUCAGGACAGAGUAGUUUAUUUGCUCUCUGUUGCUGAGGGAGAAUGAAGGGCUUCUGAAGGCCCUUUAAAUAUAUUUUAUUAAUCCAUCUGUGUGAGGGGAAAUUUGCUAUUCUUGAGACUGGAUGUUCAACUUUGGGAUGAGGCUAGGGGAACACUCAAGAAAUUCCCUUGUUGCAGAACAAGGAAAUCUGGCUGUCUCCUUUUGUUGGCGCUGCUUCAAGUUUCAAAUGUUGUGAGGAUUCCAUUCAGACUGAAAUGGUCGAGUUGCAGUCCACACAAACAGGCUAACAAACCGAAAGGUCUGUGGGUUAAUGGUAUAGCACAUGCUUUUCACAUAGAAGACCCCAGAUUCAGUUUCUGGCCAUUUAAGUUCAAGGCUGUCUAGUGGCAAGUGCGGUUUCAAAAGAUCUCUCUGCCUGUCUGGGUUUAGAGAAGUACAGUAGUUUCUGAGUGCUCACAGUGCUUCACAUUCUCAAUCCUCAGAAUAGCCUUGUAAGGUAGGCUUGGAUUAAUACUCUCAUAGCAUUUCUAGAGCAAUCCUAAUGGUGUCGAUUCAGAAUUAAGCUCCAUGCAGCACGUUCAGUGGGACUUACUCCCUGAUAAGUUUAUACAGAAUCGCGGCUCUGGAGGGUUCAUGGAAGAUUUGAACUAGGACUUUUCUGGCGGACACACCGGGCCACAACACUAAAAAAGGUUUGGCUGUUAGAAAUGUAGGCUACAUUAAUAAAUUGUACGUGAAUAGCUUAUUAAUUUAUCAUUUUCAAUUUUGUCCUUAAGAUGAUUGAAAAUAAUACAGCUUUGAAUUUGGGGUUGUUGCUUGUUUGUAACUUUUAAAUCAUUUGAAAACUAAAAGAGUCGUCCCUUGUGAUUGAUUUUGUUAAAAGUUAGUUUACACAUUCUUUUUCUUGUAGAUGGACGUCAAAAGAAAGAAUAGUAUGGUUUUCAUUUCAGCUGGGAAUGUAAAAUAAUAAAGUGGGGAUAGAGAAGGACAGCUUAUCUAGAAAAUGUGGAGGAAUAAAGGACUCAAAUUUUUAAAAGUGGUAUGUGGAGGUCACAGUCCAACCUAGUUAUGCCUGUUUCAGCCUGCCGAUUUUGAGCUUCAGCAUGUCCGGCUCUGUGUUGGAUUGUCGCCUGAGAGUCUUAACAGCUUCUUUGGGAUUCUGUAAUAUUUAUUCCCCCUCUUUCCCCCCACCAAGGAGGAAAGAUUUAAGUGUCUAAAAUAUCCCCUGGAUGAAGCAGGAAAAUUAAUCUCCGUCUUGCCUUCAAAGUGCAGUUGAAAUUCUGGAGUGGGGAAACAAAUGAGGCUUGUAAUUGUACAAGGAAAGCAUUUUAAUUGCAAGGCAGGGGUGCAAGGAGGGUUGGUGAGUUUCCCCCUCCCUUUUCCCGAAUUCUGCAAAUUUACUGUCUUCAUGACAGCAUUGCGUGUCAACUCCCGGCACUGGAUGGGGUUGCUAGGCAGCAGGUUCUUCCAUAUCCCAAGACUUUCUGAUUUGCCAGCCUUCCUGAGGCACAUGGUAAGCCUCUUUCCAGCCUACCGAGGGACUUUUGCAUGCUGCUUGCAUACUGUCGAGAUCUUGCACCUGAAAUGUGAUGAAAGGGGGAGGAAAGCACUGCUUGUUGGAGGCUUGGGGGGGGGGAUGAGGGGGACUGGAGAGGGGAUUUGCUUUUUGGCGCUGCAUCCUCAGUCUGGUGCAGAAGGUUGGGGAAAUAACUGUAUGUAAAAAGGACGAGGCUGGGAUACAAACCCUGAACCAGCAACCGGAACAAGGAAAAGAGGUUAGUGGGUUAAGUGGCGUGCAUUUCCUGCCUUUGCGAAGGUGCCUCUUGUAAACCUAAGAAUGGAGGCAGUAAUUCAGCCAUUAGAUAUGGAUGGAGGCUGGAGAAUCAAGUGGAGCCGUUGGGGGGUGGGGUGGCGGACGCUCUGUGCCUCUGCAGCCGCCCUGCUGUAAAACUGCUCCCAAACUCUUACAAAGGUGAAUUGGGGAACGAAUGGAUUUAGUACUUUGCAAAUUCCAUCUGUGGAUCCUUUCUCACGUUCUCUCAUGGCCAGAAUCUUAGAAGAUAAUAAAAAACAGGAGCAGCUAAGCACAGCUCAUUUUUCUAUUGAUACUCUUGUCUUUGCCAUCCCUUGCGAAAGCAACGCUGGUCAUGAGUAAGCAUCCACCUUGGUUUAGGUUCAAGCAGAACUGUUUCAAACUUUGUUAUUGAACCGCAUUUGAAAAGAGCUGGAAGAGAAGCUCUUCCUGCCCACCCAGAGCUAAGAAUCACAUUGGAACACAGAGCCAAGGGCUGUGCACGUAGAUAGCCAGUUUCAUUUCUCCGCUUUGGGGUGGAGGGCUCUGUCGUCGUCCCCCCACAGAUAUUCCACUAAGAAACCCAGAACUGCCUAGACGGGUUUUUCUUCCAGAAUCCAGUUGUUUUAGAACCCAUUCAGAGGAUUAAUGGAAUGUAUUCUUGCGAGACCCUUAACGUUUAUGCAGUUACUACUAAACAUUAAUUUGUGGGAGAUUGCUUUUGUUUCCUAUGGUUGGUUGGAUUUUUUAAAAUGUUUAUGUGCUUUGCAGGUACUGUCUGAUGAGUGUGAAAGGAUGCUUCACAGAUUUUCACAUUGAUUUUGGGGGCACUUCAGUUUGGUAUCAUGUCUUCCGUGGAGGGAAGGUAAGUGGAUGUGACACCUUUGGAGGAGGGGAAGGGGAAGGAGGGGAGACCCCUUAUUUGCAGCUCAGUAGCCUCUGAUUUUAUGCUCUUCAUCAGAUCCUUGUAAUUGCUUAUGCUCGGAUUUUGGUCAGUAGAAAAUGCUAAGAUAGGAAGAAUAUCUUGCUGUGGUUUGUGAAACAAAAAUGGAGCAUUGUAAUGUGCUUAUUUGUUUAUUACACUUAUUCCCAGCUUCUUAAUUUCUCCUGGGGGGCUGUGGGGACCUAUAAAAAAACAACUCAUGACAUUAAAAUAAAUAAUUUUACACCAACAACUCAUUAUUAAAGCAAAAUACCAACAAAUAAUAAUCAACUAUCACCAUUUCUCAAAUAUCUGGUGAAAGAGAAUGUGCUUGGCUUCAGAAACUGAGAAAUAUAUAUUCUGUUAACCUAGUUCCAAUAGGAUCUCUCUCUGUUCUCAACUCUCAGGACAGGUGAUUUAUUUUGACACACACGGAUGUGGGUGGCGCUGUGGGUUAAACCACAGAGCCUAGGACUUGCUGAUCAGAAGGUCGGCGGUUCGAAUCCCCGCAACGGGGUGAGCUCCCGUUGCUCGGUCCCUGCUCCUGCCAACCUAGCAGUUCGAAAGCACAUCAAAGUGCAAGUAGAUAAAUAGGUACCACUCCGGCGGGAAGGUAAACGGAGUUUCCGUGCGCUGCUCUGGUUCGCCAGAAGCGGCUUAGUCAUGCUGGCCACAUGACCCGGAAGCUGCACGGCGGCUCCCUCGGCCAAUAAAGCGAGAUGAGCGCCGCAACCCCAGUCGGUCAUGACUGGACCAAAUGGUCAGGGGUCCCUUUACCUUUAUUAGGAUUCAACUAAAUGUUUAUAUAUGCUGGUUGUUCUGCAACUAGAAUUGCAGGUCCCUUUCUUGAGAUCAAAUCACAAGGUCUCAGAGGCCAAGUGCCACUCAAUUUUUCUGCCCCAUUUCUUACCACUGUUGGGGUUGUAAUGACUUAUGGGCUGCAGUUUAAGUGUGCUCUGGCCUUCCAUCCCGCUCAGUCAAAAACUGAAGAAGUUGAGCAUCUCUUCUGCAGAGCAGAAGUGCGGUUGGCUUCUUGCGCUCAACUUGAUUUCAAUUCUUGGGAAUUGCUUGCCUAAAACUCGUACAUUACUUGGGUGCAGAUUUGGCAUCAGGAGCUCUGCAAGGCUGGUUUAGACGUAUUUAGCCAUAUCGGGCUCCAUUGAACAUACAGUAUUUUUUUGUGUUCCACCAUUAACUGGACAACACAAGCCCCUAGUAGAUCUGGAACACACUGGGUGAUCUUAAACCUUAGUUUCCCCCCUGUCUCUUGAGACAGACGGAUGCCAAUAAAAUAAAAAGGCCCACAAAAAGUGGUGAAGAAAGUACCUAGCUACACAAUAGAACAGUGUGGGGAAAGGUUCAAGUAUGCAGCAUGAAACAGACAUACCUGUUGGCUAGAGCAGGCAUGAAAGGUGUGAAUAUUGUGAAGCUGGUAGAGCCACUGGCAUGCCAAGACAAAAUGCCGCCCAAAUCAGGUGGUAAACUCCAUCUAGGGCUAAAUAUUGGCAUGAGACCAAUUGGUUUAUUUAUUUAUUUUUAAAGACUUCUGUACUGCUUUUCCAGUUGCUUAUCUCACAAAGUGGUUUACAAUCAGUAAAAUACAUUGGGGGAAAUAUCAGUGAUACAGCAGUGAAACUAAAAGUUGUAUUGCAUUCAAUAACAGCAAGACGUAGGCACACUGACUGGUCAUGGCAGGACUCUGGGAUCAUGAUACAACUAGCCAAGAAUUACCAUAAGGGAAAGCUGAACAGAAUUUCCAAGAGAGAUUUCUGGAAGUCCUUCUGAUCAAGGCACAGCCCUUUUGCAAGGGUCUUUUGGGGGGAAACCUUGAAGCAGGAAACAUUCAAGUGUGAAAAACGUUUAUUCUGCACCUCCUUGGAUAAUGAUGAGAAACCCUGAGGAAAUGUUUAUUGGGGUAUGAGAAGAGAUUCCCCUGAUUCUAGUUUUUCAUUUUUAUUUCUAGAUCUUCUGGCUGAUCCCUCCAACUUUGCAGAACCUAGAACUCUAUGAGGAAUGGGUUCUCUCAGGGAAGCAAAGUGAUAUCUUUCUGGGGGACAGGGUGGAGCUAUGCCAAAGAAUUGAACUGAAACAAGGGCACACCUUCUUCAUUCCUUCAGGUAAUGCAAAGCCGUGUCCUUCUCCUUGCAUGUUUUUGGGACUAGAACAUAUUCGUGGAAGGCCGUCACUUGAUCCAGACCUGAACCAUUGCUGGAUCUACAGCAGGUUGUUGCUUCCUGCAAGUAGAAAAGUAGCAAGCCUGGGAGAAAGCUGCAUGCCUGGCUCCUUGCAUGCAGGACUGUUUUUUUCUGUUUCCAGGGAGUUCUUAGAAGCAGCGAAGUAUUGAAAAACAAUGUGUGCCUUCCUUGCGGUCUGAAAUAGUGUGGUUUGUUUCAGCCUCCCGAUUGUGCUACAUGCAUCCUCCAGACCUGUGAGCCUCUAAUCCAGUGUUCCUGAGGCCUCUGGCUGCUCAGUUUGGGGAGGGAAGGUGUUGAGCCAGCCUCUGAGCUAAAGCCGGCCGGUAGUAGUGCUCUGUUCACAUAGUAAGGCCAGAGGGCCAAACUUCCGAUAGGCAUCCCAGCUCUGGCUAGCCCCAAGGCUUCAUGCUGCCUGCUAAAAGGAGGCAAUGAUGUUGCACACUCCUCUUCUGUCCUGUGCUUGAAGUCUGGGGGUUUUGGGUCCUGUACACACCUGUUCCUAGGUAGCCUACUAGGCGAAGUCACAGCCUCCAGCUUUGAGGUUCUUUGUUCAAGCCUUGAGGAUAUGGACAACAAUAUUACAGGCCCUUCAGUUUUUAUAGUGAAAACACCAUGACUGGGGGAAUUUUAGCACAUUCUGUGGUCACUGAAACUACACACUACUUAAGACAGCAUUUAUUAUACUUACCUGGGGGUUGGAGGGCGUACCACGCAACAGCUGCCUAGUCUCUGACUGAGCACAUGAAGAUCCUAGUGUGCUCUUGUGUGUUGUAUGCAGCUUUAGGAAAGAAUCUGCAUGCUGACAUGUUUAUCACACAAACCCCCCAUUUUGUUCUCUCCCCUUAAAUCCUUCGCCCCAUUCACCUUUCAGUGUUUUUUACUUUGCCAGAUGGUUUUUCCCAGGGUGUGUGUUCUUUUCCCGAUGUCUUUCAUUUUCUCCCCACCUUUCUAGGGUGGAUACAUGCUGUCUAUACUCCAGUAGAUUCCUUGGUGUUUGGUGGAAACAUCCUGCAUAGUUUUAACGUUCCCAUGCAGCUUCACAUCUAUGAGAUCGAGGAUAGAACGAGGGUAAGGAUGCUCAAAUAUAUCUGACUGUUCACUCAUGCAAUAACAGUUCUUUUUGAAAGGCAAGACACAGAAGGUACCAAGAUGCUUGGAAAAAGACAGGUAACAUAGCCUGUUGGUCUGUGGCCUCAUGGAUGGAGAAACAACUCCCAAAUCUUUGGGGCAGGGUAGAGAAGAAGCACAGUUGAGGUCUAGGACAGAGCAGCAGGCUGCAUUGGAGCAGGCUGGAGACCAGGAGCAGACUUGGGUCCACCUGGUGCUUCCCAACUGAUGUUAAAUACCAUCUUUUGAGCCCUGGUUUUUGCCAUCCUCAGGCAGAGGAGGGAUUCUGGCCAAACCCCAGGAGUUGCAGGCCAUGGGCAGCUUGAUGAGCACUUUUGAACCUUCAUUGACAUGACAUGUUGGUGGCAAUGUUCAGGGGAGCUAAGGAGUGACUUUGUGUGAGUUAGUGAGGUGAGCUUUCAGUAGCACCCCAGCAGCUGCAGAAAUGAGAUGCUGUUUUUGGUUCCUUCCCUUGCUCAACGGAAUAUGGGUGGGCUGCAUUCCUUGCCCUGCAAUGCACUCUACCUAGACUAGUCCUAUUCAUUCUCGUUCUGGCUUGGAGUCCUCAUUUCCCAUGGUGCAUCCUCGUAGCUUAUCCCUGUCAUUUAUGUCAUAUCCCCACCAGGCCUUCUUUGCAGGUCUGUUGCCCCAGGACAUCAUUUUUGCAAAAUUUUGUUUGACUGGGGAGGGGGUUGAUGUUGUAAAUUCUGCCUGCCAGCUGGCACAGGGCCACACUCCACCCCUUGGUUUUGAUGGUUCCUCAACACUUGGCUUUGUGGGCUUCCUCUCCACUGUGUGCGUGUGGUGCCCCCUGCUUUCCCCAGCUGCGUCAUCUAGUGGGCCUUUCAUGCCAGUUGAAACAUGGAAGGUGACACUGUCCUGCUCCACCUUUUUAGGAGGUGUUUGAGAGAAGGAUCUACCCACUGGAACACAGGAGGUGACCCUUCUGCCUCAUUUUCCAGAGGUGCCAUGUUAAAUUGAUAGGACUUUGUUGCUAAUUUCUACACAACACAAUUCAGAGAAGUUUGCUGUGCUUCAGAGGACAGGUGGGGCAAGUGCUUGGGGCUGUUGAAGUGUAUGCAUCACAUGCAGGUAGUAGACAGGUGUGUAGGGUGCACUGCAUCUCUCCCAAAUUUACUUGUAUGGCACACAGACUGCUGGGAGAACCCAUAGAACCCCAUAUUCCAUUGUUUUGGUUGUUCCUUUUUUAAAAAAGUAUGUUUAUUUCGUUCAGACUUGUCUUGAGAAUCUUGAAACAUGAAAGGAGGGUAACUAGUGUUUUUUCAAAAGAUAAAUUAAUCUAAUCUGAAUCUGAACAGCCCCAAGUCUCCCCUCCGCCAUGGAUUCAUUGCAUGGCCUUGGUCAAGCCUCUCUCUCUCUCUGCCUCAGUUUCCAGUAUGUACAACUUGGAACAAUAGAGACCUAUGUAACAUGAGAAGGGUGUUAUGAGGGUGAACACAGAAUGAAUGGAGCCAUGCUUACUGAUGUACCCUGUGAUGGGCAGCCUAGUUCUGCUCAAUCUACCUUUCCGUUUUGUUAAACUACAAUUCUUGUUGUCUCUUGAUGUGUAUUUAAAUUUAUAAAGCAAGAGUGCAUCCUUAGGCUCUCCUGAUAUUAAUGGCACUGCUAAUCUGCACAAAUGAUCCUAAUUAUGCACUGUUGCUUAAGAAAGCGACCAGCGCCGUGCUGAAUCAGACUACAGGCUCCUCCAGGCAUCCUGUUUUUCAGCAUUCAUUCCGGUUUGCUUGCACAAAGCUUAUGUGGUGGUUAGACUUCUCUGUCUUUAUUUAACAUUCAUUUUACUUGUUUGCAGGCCGUUAACAUAUAUUCCUCUUAAUCAUUUGUUCAUCCCACACUUUUCAAUGUAUCUCCCUGUCACUUUCCACAGAGCAAAAUGUCCUAGUUUUUUAAAGUUGAUCUGCUAUGCUAGGGCAAUAGAGCACUUUAGUCCCCUUGAAAUGUGCAGACCCAAAGUUCUGGUCUUCAGUUGAAUAUCUCCUGCAAAACACUGACAGCCUGGAAGCGCCCUUAAAUACUGUACUCUGUCCAGGAUCCCCAACAACCAGCAGGCAUCUGAUGGUCCACUUUGGGGAGGCUUCAGUCUGGCUUCUGCCCACCCCUGGCCCAGGCAGUGUUUUCUCAAAUGGAGCCACAGUCACUGUGUGUAGAUGCUGAGGACUUCUCACUGAGCCACUGAAUUUCUGUUUUGCAUGUUGGGCCUCCUGCAAGUGAGAUCAGGGGUCUUCAGUAUGGGGUGGGGUGGGGGCAGAUUGUGAAAAGCACAGCCCCAAGAGCACCAUGGUGACCUAGUUCACUGGCUCUCCAAUUGGCCUUCAGCUACAGCCUAGAGAUCUUUGAUAUGUGCUGGGUCUACUCUUUUAAGUGUGUGCCUUAAACCUGCAUAACAAAAGCAGGAGCAAAGCCACGGCCUGGCAGACCCAGCAGACAGGAAGCAACACUUUACUGCAAAGUAAAGCGCUUUACUCUGCCACACCAGCUGAGAGGCGGCAGGGUCUUAGGCCUUUCAGGCAGGAAAUGACCAUUUACUUUGCAGAAAAGGCUUUACUUUGCAGUAAAGUGCUGCUUCCUGUCUGCUGGGUCUGCAAGGCCAACUGGGCAGUGCAUUCUCUAUAUAUUACAGGGUGAAAAAAUAUGAAACCUUUAUUUCAGUCUGGAGUUCAUACCGAUAAGAGAAAAAGAUACCAUUAUAUUGCCCACUCCUGCCACCAAGUCCUGUCUCUAGGCUGUAGCUGAAGGCCAGUCGUGGCUUUGUUUUUCACAGUCUGCCCCCCACCCCAGGCUGAAGCCCAAAAUGCCUCUGCAUAGCAAGUUGACUACUAGUUAGCAUGGAGUUGAAUUUUCUUGACAUAUUAUAGUAGUAAAAACCCUGUAAGCUGACUCGUUGGCUCGCUUGCCUGUAAACUUCCAGUUCUAAGGAUUGAUCAGUAUUGUAUUUGCCGUGGUGAGAUGUGGGUGUUAAAAACACCCACAUUGAAAGACAAAAAAUAGAAUAAAGACAAGAAUAGAAUAAAAUGGUGGCAGCAAGUGAAAACCUUUUAUGAAGAGGGAAAGUUUCUGGAUGUUAAAGCAGAUUAAGCUACUUAUAAGCUGCCCUGUUUGUGAGGAAGUACAGCAGCAAAAAUGUGGUAUCAGCUUCCUGGGAAUCUUGGCUGUCAUUUUUAAUAUACAAAAUAUUUUAAAAAGCAACCCCGCUUUCCUCCCUCCUUCGCACGAAGAUCGCAGCAUAACAAUACAGUGGUACCUCAGGUUACAUACGCUUCAGGUUACAGACUCUGCUAACCCAGAAGUAUUACCUCAGGUUAAGAACUUUGCCUCAGGAUGAGAACAGAAAUCAUGCUCCGGCGGCUCAGCGGCAGCAGGAGGCCCCAUUAGCUAAAGUGGUGCUUCAGGUUGAGAACAGUUUCAGGUUAAGAACGGACCUCCGGAACGAAUUAAGUUCUUAACCCGAGGUACCACUGUACAAGAUGAGACUAUAUGCUUAGCAAUGUAUGGGCAAUGCCUGCUGAGAUCUCAGAAACCAGGCAGGUGACUGGAUCAGAUCUCUAGUGGAUGAGGAGCCUCAGGGUUUUAGUUAACGGUAGCUCUUUCCUCCAUUAGUGACUGGUAAAACUAGAAUAAAUUAUACUGAUAAGAGAAAUCGCACCAAUAUACUCAGUUUUGCUUGCUUGCAAAUGCCGUGCAGAAUUUGGAUUGAGCAGAUUUUGGGGGGGUAUGUUUUUAUUUAUUUUCAAGAAUAAUACCUAGUUAUAGAAUAAUAAAAAUGCCUUCAGCUGUACAGAUAGUGCAGAAUUGAAAACAACAACAACAUUUUAGCACAGAGUACUAAGUAGCUUAUCUAAUUGGAAGGAAGCCCUACUCAGAUUGUUAGGGGCUCAUGUGCAAGCAGUUGUGAUUAGCCCUCUUGGUUCUUCCUGUGCAGAUCAUAUCCUGUAACGUUUUCUUCGUUCAGAACAUUGCAACAGAGUCUCUGGCUUUUCAGCUGAACUUCCUUGAUGGACUCCAUUUAGGCACAUGGCUUUCUUUCAAGUACUUAAGUGUGUGUGUGUGUGUGUGUGUGUGUGUGUGUGUCCGUGUCCAGCAGCGGAAGGAGAUUUCCUGGUGCUAUUCACAAAGCAAUUCUUGCCAGCACAAAGAGAGAGUGUCAUGCAAGCCUGGCUUUGCUCCACCUUCUUUUUAAAUGGCAAAGAUGUGCUUCAGCCAUUUGAUUGUACUUUGAUUGUUGGUGUUCAAAGCCCCCACCCCAAUUUUCUCUUUCUUUUAAUGGAGGGAGGAGACUGGUAUUGUCUCAGCACAUCGCUGAGACUGUAAUGCUGAUUAAUAGCCUGAUCAUACGUGAUGAUGUUCGUCUAGGACCUAGAAUCUAGAUUAAUUUCUCACAUCUUGAGGGUUGGGAAGAGUUUGGAAGAGAUAGACUAAGAGCUGGGGUGGGCAGAGCGUAAUGGUUAAGAGCAUGAGUCCCGUGCCAUGAGCUUGCUCAGUUGCCUUAGGCUACCCACUCCCUCUUGGCCUUGCCCUUCCCACCUUGAAAAUAUGGGGCUCAUACAAGGAUAAAGGUAAAGGACCCCUGACAGUUAAGUCCGGUCACAAACAACUCUGGGGUUGCGGUGCUCAUCUCGCUUUAUUGGCCGAGGGAGCCAACGUUUGUCCACAGACAGUUUUUUCGGGUCAUGUUGCCAGUAUGACUAAGCCGCUUCUGGCGAACCAGAGCAGUGCACGAAAAUGCUGUUUACCUUCCCGCCGGAGCGGUACCUAUUUAUCUACUUGCACUUUUGGGUGUGCUUUCGAACUGCUAGGUUGGUAGGAGCUGGGACCAAAGAACGGGAGCUCACCUCGUUGUGGGGGUUCGAACCGCCAACCUUCCAAUCGGCAAGCCCUAGGCUCAGUGGUUUACGCCACAGCGCCACCCGCGUCCCUUCAUACAGGGAUAGUUAUUUAUUAUAUUUUCAUUUUCAGGGUGGUUUACAACAGGAAUAAAACAAUUUGAAGUGCUUCAUAAGUAUGAAAAGUUGUUGUUGUUGUUGUUGUUGUUGUUAUUAUUAUUAUUAUUAUUAUUAUUAUUCGCUAGAGGUCUGAACUGAUCCUUCUGUUGGGCUUUUGAAAUAAGACCAAGGGCUGCAGGCUGCUCACCACUGACACAGCACAUUUUGAAGUGAUUGUCAGCCCUUCAAAUUCUGUUCAGUAACAAAUGGGUCUCGGGUGCAACUCAAACAAGGCUGGCAUCGUGUGCUCCAGAAAGCAGGCCUCUAGUGACGUUGUGCUCAGCGCGGUAAUGAUAGGGGCCAUUUUGCAGCAGCAGACACUUCCAAACGCUAUUCAGGGGAUGUUGCAGUAAUUUAAUCUGGAUUUGACCAAAGCAUAUGUGACAGAGGCCAGAUCCUGCUGGUCUCACUUAACCACAUCAUUAUGUCAGUCUGGCCUAAAAAAAGAGAAAGAGAAAGUCUUGUGAUGUUUAUGAGUCUUACUCUCAGCUGAUGAUUGAGUGAGUGGCUGGUUUUUUUUAAAGGGUUAAGGAGGCAAUCCUAUGAGAACUGAUCUGUAUCAAGCAGUAGCUAGAGGUGUCGGCUAAAAAAUGCAACACUUGUGGUGUGUGGGUGUGGAUGUAAAUAGAUUUUUUUUGGUAAAAACCCCUGAAAUAUCUUUUAACAUUUCACUUUGAACUCUGGAAGCUAUCCUUCCCCAGUGUGGAUACAUUUCCUCCCAUAAUGUUCAGAAAUAAUUUGAAAAAACCUUUGGCGGGUUGUAAAUUAUUGAUCACAGAACUUACCACUGGAAAGAAUCAAUUAAAUCAUUGCCUCCAAGCGCCUUCUAGGGUGGGCUUUUUUCCUUUGGUAGAUGAUAUAUUGGAAUAUUUAAUGAUACCGCUUUGGUUCUGCAGUUUACUGCAUUUCCUAAUUAAUGGCCUGUCUUUGUGCUAUAGAGCUUGCAAGGCGGCUCACAGUAUUGAAAAGCAAUUGCAGUGCAGUAAACCUGCAAUUUACGUGGGGGUUACACUCCGGGAUAUUGCCUAAAGCUGAAACUGCAUAGAGUCAAAACGCAUUGGGUGCAGUGGCGGGUGGGGUUGCCAAAGUGUUUUUCCAGACACCCACCCACUUUUUGACUUCCCUCUUUUUAAAUUGUUAAAUAUGUUUUGCCAAGUGUGCGAAGCUGAAUGCACACAAGUUACAUGUGUGCAAGUUGUGGGCUUAUUAUAUUCAUUUAUUUAUAUGUAUAAUCCCGCCUUUCUGUCAUUUUGAAACUUAAAAGUACCAUCCCUGAGAAGAGGGCUUUUACAUACUCAGGUUCAGCAAGGUCGCGGUAUCAUCUUCCUUCCGAUCAUAUCCUGGGACCAGCAGGCCCUAAAAUGCAAUAAAACCCAAAAGCACUGCUAAAAAAAUAUUCCAGAAUUGCAAAUGUAAGAAACAGCAGCUCACCUCCCUCACCCCCCCAAAAAACCCUCAAAUCGCCGCAUCAUUCAUCAAAUGAUCGGACAAAUAAAACAGUUUUAACUAACUGCCCACAAAAAGCCAGCCAGGUUGGUGUCACACAGAUGUGAGCCUUUCUGCCUCCGGCCCAAGCACCUUCUGUUCCAGGAUGCUGCUUCCCACAUCAGCCUGCAAGAUGCUGAUUCAUCCAGGGCACGAUGGCAACAUCCCUCCUCCAUUGCUUCGCUCUCAGCAACUAAUCAGUGAUGCACUGGAGCUUCCAAUUUGCCAUCAUGUUUAAUUGCUGCUGAUAGAGCUCUCUGCUUUGUAGCAACCUUCCUCAGAGGCUGACACCUCUUGUCAGCCCAGUGUGGCCAGUGGCUUGGGAGGAUGGUGGUUGUGAUCCUGAGCACCCACUUAGGGAAGGCUGCUUUAUAGAAAUACAACUUGAUUUACUGGACGAGAGCUGAGAGCUCAUUGAGUCCAGGAUUCUGAUCCUAGCAGUGGCCAGCUAGAGGAAGCUUCCAGCAAGGCACGAGGGCAUCUGCUCCCCUCCACUGUUACGGUUCCUGUCUGGCAGGGCGCGUUGUCUUCUAUUCACAGCACAUGCACCGGCCGUCUCUCGCUUUUGAUGGUUUUGCAGAGCACAGGGCACAUUUCAAUGAGAUAUCAAAUUAGAGACAUCGAGGGAAUUGGCUGUGGGAUGGAGCCUGGAUCGCGAGGCCAUUAGGAACUCAAAUUGACGAUUCGGAAUUGAUCGUCCAUGGCACGGGAGCACUGCAUGCCUUGUGACUGCCUUGUCUUACGCAUUUGAAUUUUAUUUCAUUUUAUUUUUUACGCUGGUAAAACGGCUGAAUUUGGUGACGCUCAGAAACCUGUCAGCGAAAAUGUUGAGCAAAUGAUGUCUUUAAUAUUCCCCAGGCAUCUGGCUGAAAACCUUUGGAAGGCCGAGGGGUGGAACGGGCGGCUUCCUGUUUGUAAGUCAAAUUCUUUGCCAAUUUUGUUUCCUGCAGUGCUCUCUAAAGAAAAAGAAAAGAAAUAAACAUUAAUAAUUUGAGUUCCUCUUAUGAACAUCCCUCUUUUAACAUGGCUGGUUUCCCUUGUGUUUGACUAUUGCAGUGAGCAAGCUGGUAUGUCACUGAAAUCCUAGGCAAGGCGGCAGCAGCCAAGGUGGUGCCCUUAAGAUAUGGUUGGAGCACAACACCUGCGCUGGUUGGGACAGGUGGGAGUUGUAAUCCCACAGCAUAUUGAGGGCACCCUGUUGGCUACUUCUGCCAUAGAAAGCUGAAACCCCAGGCUUGAAGGCUGAUGAAAGUUGCAGAUAUUGCUGGGAUGGUUGGCCUGUAUUCUGGGAACCUCACUAUUAGUGGGGCAGAACUUGUUCAGUGGUGGAGCAUGUGCAGAGGUGCUGUUUGUGGUAUCUCCAGUUAAAAGUCUCAGAUACCAAGUGAUGGGGAAGACUGAGAAACCCAAGAGCCACUGCCAGUCAGCAUAGGUGGACAAUACUGGCUAGGUGCCAGGUCGCCUCCCAGUUAGGCAUUUGCCUGGGUCCCGAAACUGCCAGUGGGCUCACUGCCAUCACAGCGCUACCAUUUCCACUAAGAAGACCAGGUGUGGUCUGUGCAAAUUUUCGGUUUGCAUGUCCUGUCUCUCUUGGGUGAGGGGAAAGCACUGAUAGGACUGUGCCCUUGGAGCAAGCACCACCUAUGGACAAAUAGUCUGAUCUGAUGUAAGGCAGCUUCCUAUAGCCCAAACCUAUAAAUUUCCCAUUGAUAGAGCAUGUUCACUCAGGUGGUAUGAGAUCAUGGGAGGGGCUUCUGGGGAAUGGAUGUGCUCCCUGCACAAUCUCCUCAAGGUGUAGCUUGGUAGCCAGGGGCGCCAAAUUGAAUAAAAUAUUGGGGGGACCCAGGUAAGCCCUGCCCCGAUCCUAUGCACCGUAUGCCUCUAGCUUGUCUGUCUCCUCUUUCUUCCCCAUAGGCCCCAUGUGGAGUCCAAAGACAUUCUGGGCACAGGUCAAGGUGUCACUAGAUACCUGCAUGCCACUUUCCAGUCACUGGUUAAAAAAGCAACCCUUAAAAAAAAAUCAUUAAAAAUGGGAGGGGCAAAGGGCCUGGGCAUACACCAAGGAGCAGUAUGAGGUUGCCAUGGUACCACAUUGGGAAACGCAGGUAUAAGCUGUCCUGAGUGGCCAUUUUGCUUAGAAUAUACGUAGAACCCAAAUGUUGUUGGCUGUGUCCCCAAUACAUUUCUCCUGCAUUCUGAGUCAGAAUGCAGAAAAGCAAUGAGAGAAAUAUGCAUUAUUAUUAUUAUUAUUAUUAUUAUUAUUAUUACUAUUAUUACUACUACUACUACUGCUACCCCACCCAUCUGGCUAGGUUGGCCCAGCCACUGUGGGCAGCUUCCAACACAUUUUAAAAAAAUCAAAUAUUAAAAACUUUCCUAUACAGGGCUGCCUUCAGACAUCUUCUAAAAGUUGUAUAGUUACUUAUCUCCUUGGCAUCUGAUGGGAGGGUGUUCCAUAGGGCAGGUGUCACUGCCCAGAAGGCCCUCUGCCUGGUUCCCUGCAACUUCACUUCUCGCAGUGAGGGAACCACCAGAAGCCCCUUGGAGCUGGACCUCAGUUUCCGGGCUGAAGGAUGGGAGUGGAGACGCUGCUUCAGGCUGUUUAGGACCUUAAAGGUCAGCACCAUCACUUUGAACUUGUUCGGAAACGUACUGGGAGCCAGUGUAGAUCCUUUAGGAUCCGACGGCCACUCCCAGUCACCAGUCUGGCUGCCACAUUCUGGAAUGCUGAUUGCAGGUGUGACUUUAAAUGGAACUAUGGAUAAAACACCAGGGCUUAGAUGGAAACAUUUUAAAAGCAGGCCGGGCUGGAAACAGACGUCAAUGGUACUGAAUAAAUACCAAUAUCCCAGCUUGCUGCAGAGCAGAAAGAGAGAGAGGGGAAGCAUGGUUAUUCCAUCCCUGCUGCUCAAAGUUGCCUUUGGCUCUUUUGCAACUGUCACCUAGCAGCAGCAGUUCCACCAAGCUCCCUGCACUGUUUCCAUUCCAACUGGUUAUUAUAAGUUUAAAAAUUACAGUAGUGCUCCGGAGCUUGUUCCUUUCCUCCUCCAUCCCCAUUCCCUUUUCCUUUUAUGUCAUCUAUUGUAGAUGGUUUUUCAUUGAUCUGUAACACUGCUCUGGAAGUGUUGGGUUUGUUUGUUUUUUGGGUUUUUUUGCUAAAGGUUGGGAUAAAACACAUUAUAAAUAAAUGAGCCCAAUGCACUGUGCAUAUAUCUCUAGUAUAUUCUGGCUAAGUCUUCACCUGCCACCUUUAGAAAAGUUACCGAUGAAAAGGGGUGUGUGUGAAAAAAGGAGUAAGAGCAGUUAGAAAUAAGUGAUGCAGAAAGAGUAGUGAGUCCAGUAAUAUUCUUACAGGGCAGCACUGGGAAAACUAUCCACAUUGGGUUCUUUUCAACUAACCUUUACUCAUCGUAGACCUCAGAAAUGAAUAUUCAUCCCUAAGGUUUGCUCCUGCUCUGGAGGGUAGGACUUGAACAAAUGGCUUCAAGAUUUAAGAAAGGAGAUUCUGGAUAAACAUCAGGAAAAGCUUUCUGUCAGUAAGAGGUGUUAGAGAGUGGAACUGUCUCCUUUGGGAGGUUGUGGGCUCUCCUUCCUUGGAGGUUUUUAAGCAGAGGUUGGAUGGUUAUCUGUCAUGGAUGCUUUAGCUGAGAUUCCUUCAAUUGCAGGGGAUUGGACCAGAUGACCUUGGGGUCUCUUCCAAUUCUAGGAUUCUAUAAUUCUAAGCCAACAUUUUAAAUCUGGCCAUAGGUGAUGUGCCAAGGUGUCUCUAGGAAGAGAAGAAAAGGUACUGUGAGGGAAAAUUUGCAGACUGCUUUAUGUAUACUACACCCUUUUUCUCUUUGUGGAAAUCAAGGUGGUGGUAUGUAUUGUGUUCCCAUCUUGCCUUUCAUGAAAGGCAGAAUUGCUGUAUUGGGAAGUGUGGUCAUUACUGUGUCUGUGCAAAAACAGCAACCACAAAGCGGCUCGCUAUGACUAGCAAAGUGGCAAUCACGAUGACUGGAAUUUAUUGUCUACCACUGGAAUGGGCUGUGAUGUCCAUUUAAUUCUAUGGAAGAAAGUUGAAAGCAGUUGCAGCCUAGCCGCCCCUGACUUCCUGUGAAGUGUGCCUCCUACAGGAGAGGAAGGUGCACUACACCAGCAACCAAGAGUGAAUAAAGCAAACUGGCAAUUUAUGCAUAUAUAUUUACAAAUUGCUGAUUGGGAAUUGAUGCCAAAAUAGAGUGACCAGUUCAAGGCCAAGCAGUGAGUUUGCUUGAGCUGUGGGUUCCCCCAGAGCCAAAUCUAAUGCUCUGUCCACUGGAUGACACCAGCUCUUGAUUGAAUGUGUAAGCUGUUACAUCGACUGUGUAUCUCACUUCUCAAUAAUCUGAAGUGCCUGCUUUAUGACACGCACCUUCGCUGUUCCUUACAACAACCUUGUGAGGCGAGUCCAUGAGACUUCUCAUUUUACCAGUGGGAAAGCAGAGACUGAGAAGGGAUAACAUGCCAUGCGUAGGACCAGGAUUUGAACCCACAACCCCACUAGCGCCGAGUUCAUUUGUAGAAACCUUUAACACAUGUUAACCACCGCAUCUGGCGACAAUAGCGACUGAGGAAGCAGCAAUAUGGUUUCUUCAUGAUAGUAAUAGAAUUAGUAAUAUAUUUUUAUAAAUUCUAAUCUCAGUGCUUGAGGUUUGCUUGCGCUUUUUCUAAGAAGAACCGAAGCCCCUGCGCUCCCCCCCUUUAUUAUUGUUGUUAAAUGUCUUCGCUUCUAGGGCUGCUUAGUCUGCUGCAGAGUACAAUGCUGGAGAGAGCCCAGCCACUCAACAUUGUGAUUUGCUCUGAGGCCUAUAUUUACAUCCAUGGGGUGGGGGGUGGAAUAAGCAUUUGCAGAUGGCAGGUAGUUUUGUGUCAUGGGCCCUCGGUCUUUUAAGUAGAUACCAGUCCCCAUGAUAUUUAGGAACACAGAGGGUGGGUCUCUGCCAAAGCUUCACUCUUCCCCAGAAUCUAAGGUCCUUUCCUUUUUUCCUCUGAAACGAGUCACCUCUGCCCAGCACCUUUCUCUGCUGUGUGAGUGAGUGUGAGAGAGGGAGAAUGAAUGAUGUCACAACAUGGGCGGUACUAUGCGGUACAGAAGGAAAAAAACUCAGCACCCCAAGGGAUCCACUUUUGACGGCAUCCCUGCAUUUGAUAUAACGGGAGUCUUCCUGGAUCAGAUCAAAGGGGCAUCCUGUUUCCCACAAUGGCUAGCCAAAUGCCUCCGGAAAAGCCCACACAUAAAUACAGUCAUCCCCACUUAACUUGUCCCCAGUGCCUGACACUGAGAGGUAUACUGUCUCUGAUGCUGGAUGUUCUGCCUCGCUGCCGUGGCUGAUAAUAAUUAAUAGACCUCUCCUGCUCUUCCAUGAAAUUGCCUAGUCGUCUUUCAAAGCCAGUGGACACCACCCACAACCUGUUGGGGCGAAUUCCGUCUAUUAAUAUGUGUUGUGUGAAGAGGCGCCUUCCGACAUGUACUUCAGUUCUCAUUCUGUUGGCAGUGUGUGCAUGUGGCUGUGCAAAAAUGGGAGGUAACUCUUAGGUCAUCUAGCAACAUACACAUUCUCAACUUGAAUCCUCUGGAGACUAACAUGUGCACCACCAUUUCUGUGCUUAGAAAUGGGAAGAGUAAUAUAUCAAAUUAAAGUUAUAUUUUGUGUGUGUGUGUGUUUUGUGGGUGGGAAAGAAUCCAUGGUGAGGAUUCCACCCUCCCCUUUCAUCCCCCUUCCUCUCACCCCUCUCCCCUCCCAGGAAGGUGUAAAAUUAGUGAACCACAAAAUGAAGCGCUAGCUCCCGGAAGGCAGGCCAGGCUGCUCAUUGUGUAUGCAGAAGGCAUCCAUCUCUCUCAGCUCCCGCCCUCUCUUCCUCUCCUCCCGCUCCUGCAAAGGCAGCUUGUGCUCUCGAUAAGAUGAUAACAGGCUUGAGGAGCAGCAAACUUCCCUGUCUCCCAGAUUGACCGAUGUUUUCCCCUUUUGCUUUCAGGUGCAAGCCAAGUUCCGUUACCCUUUCUACUAUGAGAUGUGUUGGUAUGUUCUGGAGAGAUACGUGUUUUGCGUGACCCAGCGCUCCCACCUCAGCAAAGAGUAUCUGAAAGAAUCAAUGUUAAUUGGUGAGUGAAUUCUUUUGCAGCUAAUAAUCAGAGUGAACAGGCAGGGAGAUGGAACGGCACCCUUCCUUUUUGCUUCUGUGCACAAACGGGUCGAAAAUCAUAACGGUGAAGAACUGUGGAGAUUGAACUGAAUUAUUCUAUCAUUUCCUAAAGGAGCAAGUGUGUGGCUUGAACCUCAGGCGUUUUAUCCAGCACACCAAGUUCCCCCAGGAAAUGAUAUUUCUCAAGGUCUUCUGCAAGCAAGCGAAAAAACACAUUCAGAUCUGUAUACUCUUGUGUUUCUGCAGGUUUUGAAUCCUCCCAAAGAAAUGAGGGUUAACUGGGUGCCGUUGACACAUGGGAGCAGGAGGGUUAGGGUGGCAUCCCAGGGCACACACCUAAAUUCUGCACAAAGGAAGUACAUUUUUCAGCACUUGGAAUAAAUUAUGUAGCUAGUUCAACUUUGCAUGCUUAAUUUGCAUAACAUAUAGCCAGUUUAUACACUUUGCAGAAUUACGUGGUAGAGCUUUUCAUAGACUGGAUCAAAUGAGGCUGCAGUUUUGGGUGGGUGAGUGGUGGUAGUCUGUGGGAGAAAGCUGAAUGCCCUUCUUGGCCACAUAGGGUGGGCUUGCAAUUAGCUGUGGAGCUUGCAAUUAUCUGUGGAGCAUAGGCAGCUGUCUUACGCCCAAUUUGUCCACCUAGCCCAGAGUUGUCCCAUGUCGACUGGUAACACCUCUCUAGUGAUAAAAGCAGAUAUCUCUACCACUAAAGGUAAAGGUAAAGGGACCCCUGACCAUUAGGUCCAGUUGUGGCCGACUCUGGGGUUGCGGCCGAGGGAGCCGGCGUUUGUCCACAGACAGCUUUCUGCGUCAUGUGGCCAUCAUGACUAAGCCACUUCUGGCGAACCAGAGCAGCGCACGGUAACGCCGUUUACCUUCCCGCCGGAGCGGUACCUAUUUAUCUACUUGCACUUUACCGGCUACUAAUCCUUGUAAACUGGAGAUGGCAUAGAUUGAAGCAUCUUCUUCAGACAGUGCUGGUAUUUUACCACUGAGCUAUGGUCCCUGGCAGAGGCAAGUAUAGACCAGGUCUGCAAGGUGCAUGCACCAUUCACAGAGAACAGUUAUCAGUGCGCAGAUGAGAUGUAAAUGGAUGAGGUCAUCCACUCCUGUUUUCUACUGCUUCCUGUUUUUCAGGAACUGUGGGCCCACUGCCACCUAGUGACAUCCUCCAGGAUGGCAGGUCUCUUCCUUCAGUCAGCAAUCAUAUGUGGAAGCCAAAUGGGGUAGUGUGACCAUCAACCUUGCAUGCACCAUCACUCGUGUGUGUGAAAGGCUGUCUUAAGUGCUCUCCAGUUUAAAACAAAAUGCCCGCCAGGUGCACAGGAAAAUAGCCUAGCCUAAUCAAGAGCCAGUGUGGCAUAAUAGUAAUAGAGUGUUGGUCUAGGAUCUGGGAGAGUAGGAUUUGAAUCCCCACUCAGCCAUGAAGCUCACUGGGUGACCUUGGGCCAGUCUCCAUCUCUUAGCCUAAGCUACCUCACAGGUGGUUUGUGGGGAUGAAAUGGGGAGGAGGAGAACCAUGUUCACCCCUUGAGAUCCUUGGAAGAUAAAAGAUGGUAUAUAAAUGUAAUAAAUAAACAAGCAUACUAGUGAUGGUCUAGGGACUGUCCUUGGCUAUUGCCUUUGAGCUGCCAAGGCCAGCUUUCUGUGCAACUGAGUCCUACCUUCAGGGUGUUAAAAAUUCUUCUUAUCUGUCUCAGAUACAACAAGGAAACGCAGCUUAGAUAGCUUCUCAUCGGAUUCCUGGGUAGACAUGGAUGACGAAUCGUGUGAUGUCCACACCCGGGAAGAGAAGGACGACUGUCUGGAAAAAAUCCCCAAGGCCUUGGUGGACGGAUCGUCUUCUCCCAACAGUAUACAUUCAGAAGGGAAGGAGGUUUCAGGGAGGAAGCAAAAAUCUACAGCCACCCACUUCCUCAAAAGGACUUUGUCCAAUGAGUCGGAAGAAAGUGUAAAAUCUACACCGGCAGACUAUCCCAAAACUCCCACGGGCUCCCCAGCUACAGAGGUUUCGGCGAAAUGGACUCACCUGACAGAGUUUGAACUGAAGGGUUUGAAAGCCCUUGUUGAAAAACUUGAAUCCCUUCCAGAGAAUAAGAAAUGUAUACCUGAAGGCAUCGAGGAUCCGCAGUCUCUGCUGGAGGAUAUGAAGGUGUGUAGAUGUUUUGCUUCUAAAAAUGGUAAGCUCUGUGAUGUCAGGAGGCUGUCCAAAUAGCCUGUAGUUGGGAAUCCAUCUUGAGAAUAGGCCCUGAUUUCUGUUCACUUCACAUACCUUACAUAGAAAACCCACAAGGAAGAAGAAUGUGUUUGGUGUAGUCAUAUGGUGAUAAUCCCAGAGUUCUCCUCUACUCAGCUUUGUAAAGAGUGAAUAGCUUGUCUCUCAGAGCAAGAAAGGAAGGGCUAUUUCAGAACCCAGUGAGGGCCUAUCCUACUGAUCUUCACAUCCAGAAGCAACAAUUCCCUGUAUGUAGCCAUAGCUUCAACAGUUUUCUGCUGCUCUUCUUUCUAGUCCAUCUCUCUGUGGUGGACAGAAGCCACCUGGGAAAGAGUGAAGUGGAGUGGAACGUCUUCUGUUAAUGUUCUCACAGAAAAAGCACUUCAUUUGUAGAGGUUCAGAAGCUGCCACUAUUUUGGCUUCUUCAACAGCUCUUGCACAUAGACCAAAACCAGGAGUAAAGCACAUUAAACGGAGCUGAAUGGCAAAAAGAAGGGAAGUCUCUGGGUAUGUGCCCUGAGGGUAGGGGGUGGGGAGACACACACAAGACUAUAGAAUUCCUUUCCACUUCAGUGGAAUCCUCAAAGCCUCUGGCUGGGGUGGGAGACCUGCUUUGGAUGCGACUUGGUUCUUUUUCAGGUACACAGCCCAGCAAAUACUAUAUGUAUCUAAGAGUUUAGCUUUUCGAGGUCUUAUCUUCAUGAGUUCAUGUUAUGGGUACUGGGAGAGCUCUUAACUGCAUAUCUCAGCCUUGAAAAUUAGUCUGCAAAAGUUAAGAACCCAAAGAACUGGCUUGUUUCCUUUCUGCUUCUGCAUUGCCAAGUGACGUUACAGUGAUGACCGGGGAGCCACAUGUAUGACAGAAGAAAGGUGGGAUAUAAAUUUAAGAAAAAUAGGAAGGGGGGGUGAAGAGAGAGGAAGAGAGCUGGAAUUGACCCUUCUUCAAUUUGCCAAAUACUUCUCUUGCCUGGUUAGUAUCCUGAAAGUAAUUCUUACUCCUCAUAGGCAGUGCUAUUUUUUCUAGAAAAAUAGGUGCCAGAACUCACAUGAACGCCUCCCUGGUUCUCUUAGAAUGGCAAUGGCACCCACCUGAGAGGUGCCGAAAGUGAGUUCCAGCGAGUUCCCCCUGACAAUAGCCCUGAUCAUAGGUGAUCAGACAAGAUAAAAUGGGUUAUGUCAGGGGAACAAAGAAUAAAUGUGGGCAGCAGUAGUCAUUAGGUUUCAUUUACAUUUUGGGUAAGGACAUGUGAGAGGCUUUGUUAGGUUUUGGGAGAGGUCAUUCCAGAAGCUUCAAAGAAGGGCUGAGUUUUGAGAUGAGGUGGUGGACUCAGCCAGUAUCAGGUGAUGCUGGUGGGGGCUGUCAUUAGGGAUGCUGGGAAUUCUAGUCCAGCCCCACCUGGAGGGCCUUGGCUUCCCAUCCUUGGCCCCAGGAGUGUGUGGAACAUGAUCCAGGUGAGAGGGGCCUGGGCAAAGUUGCUUAGUUUUGAACUGUUGGAAACUGUACCACUGCAGAUCUCACAAGGUGGGUCAGGGUUGGUUCUUCAAAUGCUCCCACCCAUCAGAAUCUCCCCGCACACAUGAGCGUUAAGCACUGGAGGUAGGUAUCCUUCUCUCACCUCAGUUAGCUAAAUGACUAAUAACUAAUGUGAAUUCGUAUAUUGCUAUCAGUAUGUGUGGCAUUUUACAGAGCACCAAAAAGAAGACAGGUCCCUGCCCCAAGGACUUUACAGAAAAUGUGGGUUUUGAUGAGGGAUUUGCAAGGGUAGGAUAGAGAAAAAGAGGCACCAGGAAGGAGUUAUUAACCUUUCCUGCACACUAUCAAUAACGGCAGUGUUUGAGACAGGAUGGUGUGAAUUGCAACACAACCCCUAGCUUGAUUCUUUCUAUGUUGGGGACAAGGAACUGCAUCCUUUAGAUGUGUUAACUGUUUGUGUACGUGGAGAUUUUAAACAGCAAAGCAGGCACCAUGCAAUGAGCGAUUUCCCCCGUGUGUGGUGCAGUUCUCUUAUGGAACUGUAUCACAUCCCCCCAGCCCGGGUGUUUAAAUACAAUAAGAAAACACUUAAUGAGGCACUACUACCAGUUGCUCUUAAAACACUUUUAAAUUUGAUUUAGAAACUCAUGAUACGUGUAGGAAACUGAGGUUUUGUAGUGAUUAGGGGCAGGUGGACGCUGCAGAAAGCUGAUUCAGCUGUAAUAAUUUUCAGGGUGGCGCUGUGGGCUAAAGCACUGAGCCUCUUGGGCUUGCCGGUCAGAAGGUCGGCAGUUCGAAUCCCCGCGACGGGGUGAGCCCCCGUUGCUCGGUCCCUGCUCCUGCCAACCUAGCAGUUCGAAAGCACCUCAAAGUGCACGUAGAUGAAUAGGUACCGCUCCGGCGGGAAGGUAAACGGUGUUUCCGUGCGCUGCUCUGGUUCGCCAGAAGCGGCUUAGUCCUGCUGGCCACAUGACCCGGAAGCUGUACGCCGGCUCCCUCGGCCAAUAAAGCGAGAUCAGCACCGCAACCCCAGAGUUGGCCACGACUGGACCUAAUGGUCAGGGGUCCCUUUACCUUUACUAGCUGUGUGUUAGUCUGUUGCAGUAGAAAUGACAACGGGUCUUGUGGCACCUUAAAAGACUGACCAAUUUAUUAAGGCGUAAGCUAUCAUAGAUGACUAGAGUCCACUCUUGCUUCUGACAGAUUGUUGUCCGCUUAAAGCUAAUGCCUUAACGAAUUUGUUAAUCUUUCUUGAGUAAGUUCUGUUUGCCUUGAUGUCAGGCACUUACGCUGAAUGCUAGAAAACAUGGGUUGUGUCUGUGAAAACGAGCUCUGCUGCAUGAAAAAGUGUCUCUCAUCUGUGUAAUUGCCCAUGUCCUAUUUUCCCCAGACAAUAUCAAUGUUGGUUGCUGCAGUGUAAAGAAGAUUGAAGGAUGUGGGGUUGGAAUUCUCACAAUGUGCUUUUUGUGUUCAUAUCAAGAUCCCUUUCCCUGUCUCCAUUCUUCCCCGAUCUCCUAUCAGCACAAUCCUCUACAUGUCUGCUGAUCAUCAUUAAUAGUGCUCACUGCUAGGAAAAUGAACAUUAUUUAUAAAGAUGUAUUUGAAAAAAUAAAUUCGAGAGGGGUGGCUGUAUAUUAAUCUCUUGCCGCAAAACCAAUGAAGACUUAUGGCACAGCACCUUAGAGACUGAACACACUUUCAUAAACCAUAGUCUCCGUCAACAAGAAAUUUACAAGUAAAAAACCUGUUAUAGUCAGGUUUAUUAUAAAGAAAUUUAAAGAAAUCUUAAGUUGAUUUAAUCACAGGCCUGGAAGUUGAUUACUUGGUUGGUCAGUGAAAAUCUGCACAUGUAUUAUGUGCAGAUAAUAGGUACCUAUGGGACCGCCUCUACUGCUAUGCCCCACAGAGGACCUUAAGGUCCAUAUAUAGCAACACCCUAGAGGUCCCGGGCCCUAAGGAAGUUAGAUUAGCCUCAACUAGAGCCAAGGCCUUUUCAACACUGGCUCCAGCCUGGUGGAAUGCUCUGUCUCAUGAGACCAGGGCCCUGCGGGAUCUGAUUUCUUUGCGCAGGGCCUAUAAGACAGAGUUGUUCCACCUGGCCUUUGGCUUAGAAUCAGUUUGAUUCCCUCCCCUCCCCCUCUUUCUUUUUCCUUUCUCCUCCUGUGAAGAGGCUGCAUCCUAAUGUUUUAAUGUUGUAUCUUAAUCUUUUAAAUUGUAUUUUAAUUAACUUGUUUUUAUUAUUGGUUGUUAGCCGCUCUGAGCCCGGUCUUGGCUGGGGAGGGCGGGGUAUAAAUAAAUUAUUAUUAUUAUUAUUAUUAUUAUUAUUAUUAUUAUUAUUAUUAUUACAUUUGAGAAAAAUACCAGUUUUAAAGCAGCCUUCCCCAGCUUGGUGCCUGCCAGAAGCUUGGUUCUAAUGGGAGUUGUAGCCCAAAACAUCUGGAAGUUUGGGGGAAGACUGUUCUAAAGGAAAAGGCAUACUUUGUUAAAAGUAAGGAGCCAUACAAUUGCUCCAGUUAAAAAUGACUGUUUCAGCAAUUUAACCCCCCUCUGCUUCUUAGGUUGUAAUAAGGCAUUCGUUAUAUCAUUCCUGAAAGCUUCCUGAGCGAUCUCCACCUCACAUCCACAAAAUGAGAAUUGCGAGGUGAAACUUCCACAUCUUUAUUUCCAAGCUGCAAAGCAGAAAAUAACAUUUAACCUUUUCAGUACAUUUUUCUGAUUUUCUUCCCUUUGGCAAGUCAUGGUGUGCCAGGUCUUUGCGCACACAGCCCUUAAUUAGCCUCUUUUCUUUUUGAAACAGAACAUCCUGAAGGAGCAUGCAGACGAUGACCAAAAUCUUGCCAUUUCUGGGGUCCCAGUGGUAUCAUGGCCGAAGAAAAACGCAAAGGUAGGGUGUUUGAAGUUGAAUUUGUCUAAAAAUAGCCAUUUCCAUGCCUUUUUCUCUCCCCAACUUUGACACUUCUUGGUAGGAUUGCUCUUGGUAGGAGCCUGGCCAGUAAGUAGUUACUCACCUGGGUAAACACUCAUGCCUUGUACAGUGGUACCUCGGGUUAAGUACUUAAUUCGUUCCGGAGGUCUGUUCUUAACCUGAAACUGUUCUUAACCUGAAGCACCACUUUAGCUAAUGGGGCCUCCUGCUGCCGCCACGCCGCCAAAGCACGAUUUCUGUUCUUAUCCUGAAGCAAAGUUCUUAACCUGAAGCACUAUUUCUGGGUUAGCAGAGUCUGUAACCUGAAGCGUGUGUAACCUGAAGCGUAUGUAACCCGAGGUACCACUGUAGUUGGGCAGCGCUGCUGGUUUUUAUCAGGCAUCACUUUCCAGGCUGCAGCAUUUAUUGGUAGUUGAAGAACACACAAGGUAGGAUCGUAUCCAGAUCACCAUUCUAUAGCAAAAGGGCAUGAGAGGAUUGUGUCUAUUAAGGAGCACUUUCCCAAGGGGUUAGCAAAGAGCUUUUCAACCUUUUAAAGUCCAUGGCUCCCUUGACCUACUACUCCUGCGGCACCCCUGUGGGGCUCAGGAGCUCAGUUAUGUCACCUCUUACCUGCAGUGCUGGCAGCCUCUCGCCCUUUUUCAAAAAGCCUCCCUUGUGGAGUGUUCCCUCUGCCUCCUCUCCCCUCCUCUUCCAUUAGGAGUCCAGGCAGCCACUGCUGCCAUGCUUGGUAUCUGAGCUGCUCCCCCUGCCCCAAAGAGAGGUACCGCCUCAAACUGCCCCACAGAGGCCUGGGAAGCACCCCCUGGCUAGCCCCAGAGGCACCAUUUGCCCGGGGAACUUGUAGCCAUGGCUGCUGCAACAAACAGCCACACAAGCCUUUGGGAGGCAGAGACGUGAGAGGGCAUCAGAGGAGGGAGGGAAGGAAAGAGGGACAGAGGCCAGUGUUGCCCCCGGCACCCCUGACCACCCUUGAAGGAACCACAGGGUGCCAUGGCACAGUGGUUGAAAACCACCGAGUUAGCGUGUUGCAGCAAAAACAACAAAGUGCCUUAUGGUGCCACUACACAUCUCACUGUGACAUAAGCUUUUGUGGAGUAGGAACUGGUUCAUCCGAUGUCUGAAGUAUAAUGCUCAGUUGGCAGGUACUGGAAAAAAUGUAGACGUUAAAUGGCAAUCAAACUUAAAAAGUACAAUCUCUGACAAUUCAGUUAGAGUUAAAAUGUAUGCAAGGUAAGAAUCCACAGCAGCAGUAAUAGGUCAUUUUAGCAUUGCUGAGUUAAAUGGGACAGAAAACCCUUUUCUCUCUUCAGACCUACAUUUAGUCAAGGUCAGGAAUGCUCAGAUUAUAUUAUCAUAAAUCCCUGCUGUUGUGAAGGAUCACAAAUGUAACUUAGUGGGUGAAGGUUCAGGCAUUCUGAUACUGAGUUGAUGCUGGGUGAAGUGUCAGGGAGCAGGGAUGUGAGAGUCAUUUGACAAUAUGAGCAAUGAAUACUUAAAGGGGUUCCUGGUUAUUAGAGGUUAGUUUGUGUUCCUUCUAAAUUUGUUCCAAUAUUAUGUCAGUGGCCCGCUGAUGAGAGAACAUGGGCCCCACAUUUUUUUAGGGGGUGCUUCCUUGUCAGGCUAUGUAAAAGCUUAUUAAAUCAACUGAUUUUGAGAGGAUUUUGCUUUUAAAACAAUGUCAUUGAACUUUGGUCCAAUGACAUUGAACCAACCUUUGAUUUAGGUGCAUAUAGGCCAACUUUUUACAUAGUUCAUCAGUUCAGCUGACUGGAUCACAUUGACACCAUACAUUCAAACACUUGGCUUUCCCCAAAGAAUCUGCUCACAGAGCUACAGUUCUAAGCACCCUUAAGAAACUGCAGUUCCCAAGACUCUUGCAGGAAGUCAUGUGAUUUAAAUGUGAUCCUGUUGGAACACAAACAGAUCAUUUAAAAAUUAAGUGCAACUGACAGAAUAAUUUUGGGCCAAGGGAGAUGCUAAGGAACCAUAAUUUUCAGAUUGGAAAGUGGGAAGGGUACAGUUUAAGGGUUUUGUGGGCUACUCUCAAGGAGAAUCAUGCCAAAGAAUUUUUUGUUGGGGUGCCUCGUCUGGUUUUCCCAUAACCAUUUCCACCCACUCGCUGACCACACUCCGUGUGUAAGCUGCCACAAAGAGUUGCUUCUCAGAGAAGAGCUAGCCAUACCUUCUGCCAUGGAUUGUAAAAACUGGAGGAAGUUGGGGGGUGCAGGUGUUGUUGAGGAUAUUAGUAAAUCUAUUCAAGAGGCAGGAUACACCUUGCUCAUUAAGGAGAGGGGCUUGCUCCCACUUCUUCCUCUCUCAUAAGAGAAUCAGUGCCAACCAAAAGGUUUAAGCAGAGGAGACUGCCAUGACCAUGGCUGCCUGCUUGCUUAAUUUCAGGAAAAUAAGACCAGCUUAAGUGGAAAGUGCAUGCAGAGCACACCAGCUAAGUGUGAGAAGUUUGCACCGGAAAAAUGCUAGUCCAACUCUCACCUCAGUUACACAAACAUACUUGAGUGGCUUCUGAUCGGUUACUGUUUUCUUAGCCUAAAUAUGCUGCAAUACAGGGCUAACAGUGGCCUACCUUACAAAGGGUUAUGAAGCUUAAAAUAUCUGAAGUGCUGUGAAUGUAGAUUGUAGGGCCCUCAGGGCAGAGACUGGCCCUUUUAUCUUCCUUAUAGGUUUUUAAGCUGAGGUUGGAUGGCCAUCUGUCCUGGAGUGGGUUGAGCUAGAUAACCCUUGGGGUACCUUCACACUUUACAAUGAUUCCAUGAUUCUGCUGGUUGACUGAAAAGUAAGCCUGGCUAAGCUUGAUGGGGGUUACUCUGAAGUAAAUGUACUGUUGUUGGUUUUUGUUUUUAAGCACAGAUAAAGCUAAUACUCUGAAGUAAUUCCUUUCUGACCUUAGUGUGCGGCACCCACUUACAUAGUAGAAGUCUUACCAACUUAUUAUUAGAUUCCCCCCCACCCCACCCCCCAAAAAGACCAUGUGCUCAGGAAAAGUUCUUUUAAAAAUAUUUAUUUUCAUCAAAUGAAAUACUGCUGCUUCCAAUUGUUCUGAAAACCAUCUAGAGGGGAAACAUUCAUUAAAAACUCAGGAAAGAUAAGGAGGAAGCUUGGGGUGGAGGAACAGUGCAGCUUCAGGAGGUUUCUUUUUUUGGGGGGGGGUGGGUUGUCCACCUAAAAUGAAGUCCUAUUGACCCCAAGAUAAGAUGCGAGGCUCCCCCUCUUCCUGGCAGCCAAUGGCGAGGCUCCCCCCGCGAGCCCCGGCCUUCUCGGCUUGCCAUUGGCCCGGCCUGCGGGGGCCCGCCCCUUCCUGGUUCGGCCUCAUGCAUAUGCAUGAGUUCCCUCCCUCCGUGUGGCGAGCGAGAGGCGAGGCGAGCCGAGUGGCGGCGGCUCCCCGCCAUGCCCGCCUCCCGCCCCUCCUGCCUGGGCCCGCCAUGAGAGGAGGAUGGCCAUGUCGGUGAGCCCCGACGAGGACGACUACGACUCGGAGCGGGAGCCCGAGCACGACCAGGUCGGCGGGGCCGGGGGCGGGGGCGGGGGCGGGGGCUUCUCAAAGGCAAAGUUUGAAGGGGGGGAGGGGGCUUUCCAAGAAGGCCCAGUGUCCCUCUGUGCAAGAUGCAGGGGGGGGGGAGGGCGUCGUCGGGGGGGGGGGGGAGACAAUGUAGCCCCAGAGAAGCCCUGCCUGCAUCCCCCCUCCCCUCCCCCUCCCCUUGCCAGGAAGGAAGCCUCCAAACGGGGGGGGGGGCGGGGAGCAUCCCUCCUUGUGUCAGCAUAAAGCAAAGGGGGGGGGGCUUUUGUGCUCCAAGAAAGGGCUCCUCGGGGAACUUCAUCUCGCCCCCUUGUUGAAAGAAAGGAGAGGAAGUCAGAAAGAGGUGUAUUUAACCCCAGGCACCCAUUGUUGGUGUGGCUUUGAAAUUGACAUUUUAUGCAGCCUUUUGCUAAUCGAAAGGUUUGUUGAUUGAGCUGGGGGGGGGGCGGGGAGGACGUAGAUCCCAGGUGCUGUUUUAUAUGGAUGAGCUGCGCCUAUGGGGAGGGUGAAUGGAUCUGAGCUGCUCCAUAUAAUAGGGCUUCCAUUCAGCUCUGGGACUAAUCCUGUCCCAAGUGCUGGCUUUGCUCCGCUCUCUCCAGUUUACAAAACAGCAGCUUGUGGCACUUAAAAGUUAACAAAUGUUUUUGUGGCAUGAAGUUUUGCAGGCUACAAGCCUACUGCUUCUGAGUCCAUCAUAUUAAGGGAGUGAACCCAGGAACAAGGCACAUUGAACAUAGUUGGGUUUGCUUAUGAUGAAACAUGCAUAGGCUGAGCACAGUGUACCUUGCUGCCUUAUUCACAUUUAUGCAUAAGCAAGUUGCACUGAUUUCAGCAAACUUUACUCUCUGGCAAGGAUUGCUGCCCAUUUACUUGGACAGCCUGAUCUUAUGCAUGGUCUGUACUUCUCUGCACAUUUUCUGAGGAACAAGGCACUCUGAACACAGUGGAGUUUGCUUCCAAAUAAACCUGCUGCAACAUGUACUCAGGCCCAGAAAUUCUCACAUCACUGUAAACGUCUUUUAAAUUGUCACAGGACCUGCUGUUGCGUAUUGAAGACUAAUGGCAUAUGGCCUUGAACAAUUUUGAAUUGCUCUGCAUUUAUGUAAUUUACCACACCUAUUAACAACAGUUCUCAGUGUGGCUUACCACACAUAUUAAUUGAUAUAAGACCAGCGCUAAAAUAAAAAAGAACAACAAAGUAAAAUAGAAAUAAUAUAUUCAGUCGCUUCAACAAAAAGCCACCAAAUGCCCUGGCAAUUAACAAGGUUUCUACUUUGCAGCUAAACACCAUUAAGGUGGGUGUCGGGCAAAUGAGUGUUGAGGUGGGAGUUUCAGGGAUGAGGAGUUGCCACCCGCAGACCCUGUCACUGGUAACCACAAAGUUCUAGGUCUCAAGUGAGUAAUGUAAGCAGUCAGGUAGCCAGGGUUUAUGUGCUGAUUGACAGCUGGAAUUGGAAGUGAGUGUUACUGUUGUGUAAUUUUUAGCAACAUAGAAGAUCAGGCCCUCUGUGCAGUGGAUGGAUUUGACACACUUAAUAAACUGGUUAGAAGACUUUCCUUUGUUCUAUAUAAUCAUCAUCGUCAUCUGCUUCAAAUGUGUUGUGAAAUUGUAUAGAUCUUCUUGAACAACUCCCCCAAAUCAACGUCUUUUUAAACAAGUCUUUUUAAUAGCAAAAUAACUUCUAAAUUGUUGCUUCAGAUGGUCAUGAGAGUGGGGAUGAAAAAUGAACUGAUCAUUAAAUAACCCAGAGCAUGUGUUAUAGGGGAUUAAUUUUACUCCAUUGUAGACCUACUUCAGAAAUAUGAAAGAAGCACAGGGGCUGGUGUGUGUGUGUGUGUGUGUGUGCGUGCAUGCACACACAUAGACACUUUCAGACACUUCAGGCAUUGCAGGAGAUUGGACUAGAGUUGGGGUCUCUUCCAACUCUACAAUUCUAAUUCACACAUGAUAUUUUCAGACCUACAUUUAAAAGAGUAAAGUGAAGGGAAACCUUUGCUUGCAAAUCUGCAUUAUGUAUCCUGUGGAGUCAGACCAUUGGUCUGGCUAAUUCAGUGCUGUCCAGAGUGUCUGAUGGGGGCCUCUCCCAGCCCUACCUGGGAGAUGGAGCCCAUGCAAAGCAUCUGCUCUCCCACUGAGCUAUGGCUUACUUGCUGCAGUUGCUUACCCAAUGUACAGUCAGUAGCAGUCAUAGUCAGCUACUGUGCAAUGUAUGAACAGGCUGCUCUUAUGCUGUGUUAACAUAGGUUUUACAUUUUUCUUUUUUUCCUUCCUGCUGGGCGCCACUGCUCCAAUUCUGUUUGUUGCCUUGACUAAUGGUCUGUGGUAGUUACCUUGCUUCUGUAACAGUGAUGAGUCGCAGUUUUAAAAUAACUGCCUGGGGCUUCCCUGAAAGAGGAACAUUCUUUCACUUAAUAAAAUGUAAAAUGAAACUUGUAACAACUUCUACUUUAAUGGCUCAUUUUAUGUCGUGUACCCAAAAUGCAAUUUUGUGCAUGUUUACUCAGAAGUAAGUCCCUCUGUGUUCAGUGGCGCUUACUUCCAAGUAAGUGUGUCUUGAAUAGAAGUUCUGAUCUAAAUAAUAAAGAGCCCCGUAACACCUUUAACCUGGGGUCCACUUCAUCAGAAGCAAGUAUAAUCCUCAUCUGGCAGGUAUUUGGGGAGAAUGUUGGAAGUUAAAUGGCAACAGAAUGCUAAAAAGAUGGCCUGACAAUUCUGUUGGAGCUCAGUAAGAAAGGCGACCCAUCCCAACAGUUGUAACUGGUGGUGCCUUUAAAAUCAGUCGCCUACCAGGACAUCAACUUGGCUUAGGAUUGCUGUAAAAGGAAAUUCCAGUGUGAAAUUGCUGAAUUACAUUUUCCAAGAAAUUCAGUUUGGAUGGGGAUGAUGGUUUCCUCUUCCAUUACAGGUGUUAAUUUACCUAGCAAUGGUAAGAUGUUUGGGCCAUCACCAAUUACUGCCAUUGUGAAAGGUCACUGUUUUAAUGUUGCCUGCAUUUAGCUGUGGCUGUGUUGUCACAGACCAUCGAUUCCACGAAAGCUUAAGCCAGACUUCACAUGGUUUUACCUCCUGGAAAUAGGAGUCUCUAAAUGUCCGUUGUUGGCCUAUAUGAUGUCUAGGGACUUUUGUGUCAGACUGGCACUGGGUGCUUAGACUCAUGGCCUAACCUACCUUGCAGGGAUGUGGUGACAAUAAAAGUGGGCAGAGAGGCAUGGAAGCUGCUCUGAGUGAUUUUGAGAAAAGGUUGGAUAAACGAUGUAGUAAAUAAAAGAGGUGUAGAAUCACGAACCAUAGUUUGCAUGAUGUGAGCGUGAUUUUACCCACUUCACUAAAGGAUUCUAUGAGUAUUGAAAAGUCCUCUCACCCCACAGUGAUGCUUUACUCUCCCAAUUAACAAUUAAAGGCUUGGGCAAGCAAAAAUAGUCUGGUGCUUAAGCAAAGAUGGUGCCGGGAGUCCUUUCACAAACAGGGAGCCACCCCUGAGAAGGCCUGUCUUUGUGCUGCUGCCACUUUCUGUACCUCCCUUGAAAGAGGCAUGCAGAGAAGGGCCUUGGUAUGAUAAGGUUCAUAUGGGAAGAGGUGGCCCCUGAAAUAUUGAGUCCCUGAGCUGCAUAAAACUUUAUAGGUCAAAACCAGCACUUGGAGUUGAGCUGGGAAAUUAAUUGGUAGCCUGUGCAGUGAUGCCAAUUUAGUGUUGUAAAUUCAUACUGCCUUAUUCCGGUCAGCAAUCUGGCUGCUGAAUUCUGCACUAGCUGCAGUUUCCAAGCAGUCUUCAAAGGCUGUCCCAGGUAGAGCACGUUGUAGAAGUCUAACCUAGCGGUUACCAGAAAGUAAACACCAGAAGAUAGGGCCACCAGUCUAAGCUGGUUAAAGAUACUCUGGGCCACCAUUGCCAUUUGUGCCUUGUGCGACAGUAAUAGACCCAGAAGUACCCCCAGGCAACAGAGCACCUCCUUCAGGGGAAGUGUAACACCCUUCUGAACAAGCUGAACCUCACCUGUCCCGGCUAGGGAACCACUUGCUAAGAGCGCCUCAGGUAAAGGUAAAGGUACCCCUGCCCGUACGGGCCAGUCGUGUCCGACUCUAGGGUUGUGCGCCCAUCUCACUUAAGAGGCCGGGGGCCAGCGCUGUCCGAAGACACUUCCAGGUCACGUGGCCAGCGUGACGAAGCUGCUCUGGCGAGCCAGCACCAGCGCAGCACAUGGAAACGCCGUUUACCUUCCCGCUAUAAAGCGGUACCUAUUUAUCUACUUGCACUUAGGGGUGCUUUCGAACUGCUAGGUGGGCAGGAGCUGGGACCGAAAGACGGGAGCUCACCCCGCCGCAGGGAUUCGAACUGCCGACCAUACAAUCGGCAAGUCCUAGGCACUGAGGUUUCACCCACAGCACCACCUGCGUCCCGCCUCAGCCUUACCUAAAUUAAGCUUUAGUUCAUUGGCUCCCAUCCAGUCCAUUACCAGUGCCAGGCCCCAGUCUAGCACAUCCAUUGGUACGUGUGCAGACAUAAAGGAGAAGCAGAGCCAUUUUUCAUCCACAUACCGCUGACAAUGUAUCCCAAAACGCUGGAUGACCCCACUCAGUGGUUUCAUGUUAACAGCAUAGGGGGUAAAAUUGCCCCCUGUGAGGCCCCUGAACAACUCUCCCCAAGCACCACUAUUAGGGAGUGGGCAUCCAGGAAGCAGUACACUCCAGAGGGAUUCUGGAAGCUGCUGAGAGAUCAAGGAGAAUCCGAGAGAGACACUUCCCAAUUUCUCUCCCGACAAAGAUAGUCAUGCAGGGUAACCAAAGCAAUUUCCAGGCCAAAACUUGACCCAAAUCUUAAUUUAAAUGGCCAGCACUGGUGGGCCUUGGCAGGGUUUGAGGACCCCAGAAAAUUCUGAAGGAUGCCUUGUUCUGGUGCCCGGCCUUAAGUAAGCCAGUUCCUUGCAGCCUCUGUCCCUGUAUCUGCAAACUAGGGAUAAUGAUUAGAAUAUGAUUAUCCUUGCUCAUAAGGUAAGGAUUGAGAAAUAGGGUAUGAGAAAUACUUGGAACGUUGCUGUUUAAACAUUGCUGUUGCUUGCCAUUCCCAGAACCGGGCCGUCGGGAGACCCAAAGGAAAAUUGGGCCCUGCCUCAGCCGUGAAGCUCGCGGCGAAUCGAACAACUGCAGGAGCACGGAGGAGGAGGACGCGAUGUCGCAAGUGCGAGGCCUGCCUGCGCACAGAGUGUGGCGAGUGUCACUUCUGCAAGGACAUGAAGAAGUUUGGUGGGCCUGGCAGGAUGAAGCAGUCGUGCAUUAUGAGGCAGUGCAUUGCGGUAAGCCUAUUGCCUGAUCGUCUUGUGCAGUGAUUGAGAAUCACCUUUAGGUGACAAGCCUGGAAAUGUUCUGGCAAAAUUGGUGCUCACAGACCACAAAUGAUGAAGUUAGGAGGUAGGCUAGUACAAAUGCAGGCAAAUAAUAAUUAUAAAAAUUUACAUAAUAAAAAUUUAAUAAACGUUUACAGAUUUUUAAAAAGUGCUAGAAACAGGGAAAAAACAAUAGUUAAAAAACAAUUAAAUAGUGAUAGAACUAUCCUUAUCUAUUAAAACCAUACAAAUAACAACAAUUAAAAUGCACCACACCAGCCCUUUCAUUAGAAGCAAUCAGUUCCCAAAACCUAUUGGAACAAAAAAGUCUUCACCUGCUGGCAGGACGACAAGGAGGAGGAAGCCAGUCUGCCUUCUUCAGGGAGGGGUUCCAAAGUCUGGGAGCAGUCACCAAGAAGGCCCUCUCCCACAUCCCCACCAGGUGUGCCUGUUCAGGGGGCCCAGGGCAGGUUCACAUGGGAAAAGAUGGACCCUCAGUUAGCCUGGACCUAAGCUGUAUAAGGGCUUUAUAGGUCACAAGGAGCAUUUUGAAUUGUGCUGGGAAACAGACCAGUAGCCAUUGGAGCUGUUGUAGCAAGUGAGUUAUGUGCUCAUAUAUUUAUUAUUAUUAUUAUAAUUUAUUGCAUUUUAACGUUUUUUUAAAAAACUGCUUUCCUAACGUGUCUGAGUUUGCACUGAGUGUUCUUUUGUAGAACUUGAAUUUCCUCACUGGAGAAAGGCAGAGAGCUGUUACCGGGACUUCUCGGUUUCUUGAUUGCAAAGCAUAGGAACGUAGGAAGCUGCCACAGAGCUUGAUCCAUAUAGCUCAGUUCUGUCUACCCUGACUAGCAGUGUCUCCCCAGGGCUUCAGGUAGAGUCACCCCCGGCCCUAACUUGGAGAUGCCAGGGAUUGAACUGGGGACCUCCUGCAUGCAAAACAGGUGCUCUACCACUGAACUGCAGCCCCUUCCCCUUAAAAGUGCUCCAUUGAACAGAGCAAUGGCGUUACACCUCUGGGUACAAAUUCUGUUCAGCCAUGGACUCUCUGGAUCAACUUGUCCUGUGUUGCUCCUCUAUGAAACCAUCACAAUAAUAGCUUUUUUCCUGCUUAUUAGGAUAGCGGGGUGGGGGUGGCGGGUCUGGUUAAAUGAGAGAUUGCACCGAAAGCAGUGUUUCUCAAACUUGGUUCCCCAGCUGUUGUUAGACUACAAGUCCCAUCAUCCCUAGCUAGUAGGACUAGUGGUCAGGGAUGAUGGGAGUAGAGCUGGACAAUACCUGGUUUUCAACAUCACGAUAUAUCACCAGCUACAGUAAAAACAGUGAUAUGCUGAUAUAUCGCAAUGUCUGAAAUGUAUCUCGGCUGCUUCCUCCUCCCCACGCACAGUUCCCUAUCCCUGCUAAAGAGCACAAUCUUGCUGGGGAAAUCUCCUGGGCGUUUGUUGGGGGCUGUCUUGAGGAGACAAGUUCCUGUUCAUAUCAGUGGUGCUUGCCCAAGGGUGAGUUCCAGUGGCUCCUUCGAAGCAAUAUCACAACUGUUGUGCAACUUUGCCUUAUCUUUGUGUUCUUUUCUUCUUGAAUAAUCCCAGUCUUUAAAGCUACUUGUCUCUCUAGUGAGCGAUUUCAGUCCAUGUUCCAUUAUCUGAUGUAGGGUUUUAUUCAUGUGAAUUACCUUCUAAAAGCAUCUGCUUUUUAGAACUCUCCAAGCUGUAGAAUCGGCUUACAGAAAAGGGGUGAUUUAUAAUCCUUUCUUUUAAUCAUUAUUGCUUUUCCACUGACAGCGCCUUUGUUUCUUUUCCUCCCCCCUCCCUUUCGUCAUAAGACUUGUAACAGAUUGCAGCCGCCCAUGUUUGCAUUUGUGUCUCCAUAAUGUAAAGGCAAUUAAUUAAGUGACCUUCAGCACCACCUGAGUUGCUGGGCACAGGGAUGUUGCAGAAAGCAGAAGAAAUGUAGUGUCUUGUACAAAACCUGCCAAUGGUCACAUCCCUGCAUGCUAGGAAUCCUUAACUGACAUCCUUGGAUUAUAACUAAGGCUGCAGCCUUGAAUUAAUUUUACAGCAUAGUCUUAUACAUGCCCACUCAGAAGAAAGUCUCAUUGAACUUCCUGGGGCUUAUUCCCAGGUAAGGGGUUAUAGGAUUGCAGGCUAAAAAGGUCUCCCUUAUUAAAAGUAAUAUUUAUUAAAACUGCAAAUGCUACCCACUAUCCUAAAAUAGGCCACUCUAAUCUGAGUGGUCUGUUUUCAUAAUCUUAAACAAUGAAAGUAAAUUGUAUUAUGCUGGUCAGUGUUUUGUUACACUUUCAUGUAUAGAUAGUCCCCUGUUUACACACCUUCAAUAUGUGUGUGACCAUGUAUAUACAUGCAUCGUGCAGAACCUGGAAGUGACCUGGAAACGUCAUAAAGACAUCACUAAAAGGGUGGAGUGUUUGCAGGUCUUUUCAAUUAUAUGUGAUUUCACCAACACUUGCAGUGCCUCGGAGCGUAACCCCUGAGUAAACUGGGUGAUACCUGUACUUUUAAAAAUGAUAAUUUUAGAAAGAGAGGCAUUAUCCUCCUCUUCCCCACCAAAGGAGGCAUGCCUCUUCAAGUAUAUUGCUUAAUUCACUGGCUCAUAUUUCUGCAAUUAAAAGAGCUGGCGUGGUGUAGCAGACUGUGGAACUAGGACCAGGAAAGCCCACAGACCAAAAAACCGUCCUAGAUACUUUACAGUGGUACCUCGGGUUAAUUCGUUCCGGAGGUCUGUUCUUAACCUGAAACUGUUCUUAACCUGAGGCACCACUUUAGCUAAUGGGGCCUCCCGCUGCCGCCGCGCCGCUGGAGCAUGACUUCUGUUCUCAUCCUGAAGCAAAGUUCUUAACCCGAGGUACUAUUUCUGGCUUAGCGAAGUCUGUAACCUGAAGCGUCUGUAACCCGAGGUACCACUGUAAAACCAAGAGAAAAAGAUAAAUAUGUAUAAAACAUUUGCCUACUUCUAAAAGGCCAUAGACACUUAGGACUGGCCAAAGCACUGGUCACAGAGGGAAAUUUUUACCAGGUGCCUAAGGAACUAUAACGGAGGCUCCAAGCGAGCCUCCCUGGAGAGAACAUUCCACAAGCGGGGAGCCACUGCAGUAAAGGCCCGUUCUCGUGUCGCCACCCUCCAGACCUCUCAUGGAAGAGGCCCACAAAGAAGGGCCUCGGGGGAUAAUCACAGAGUCCAGAUCGGUUCCUGUGGGGAGAGGUGGUCCUUGAGCUUUUUCAAGAGCUCACUUAAUGGUUUUGGCCUUUAGAACAUACUAUGGCAACAGAUUUCAUAGACUGGAAGUCUCUCCCUAGAGAAGCUCGACAAGCUCCCUCUUUGCUGUCCUUCUGCCAGCAGGUGAAGACAUUCAUGUUCCAACAGGUUUGGGGGAAAUGGUUGCUUUUAAUGAAGGGGCUGGUGUUGUGCUGUUUUUAUUAUAAUGAUUGGUAUGGCUUUCAUAGAUUUUAUAUGUGUGUAUAGUUUUACUUUGAUCAAUGUUUAAUUGCUUUUUAAUUAUUUUUUCUAUGUUUUUCUGAUUUUCAGUUUUAUAUUUAAGCCGUCUUGUGUCCCAUUAAAGAAAAAGGCGGGGUGUAAAUACUUGACUGUUGUAUGUGUGAAGAAGCCCUUCUGAUUUCGCUUGCUUUAAACUGCCCUCCAGGACUGGAGUAUCUCUCUUUUAUUGACUGACAGUCAGCUCUCAGUUCUUGAGAUCUUUCCUCCAGGAUGUCCAUUGCCUUGGCAAGGGCAGACGCAAGAGGCAGGGUGCAUCAGUUGGGACCCCUAGCUCGGGCUACAGAAGCAAUUGGAGCAGAAUCAUAGAACUGUAUAAGCAUAGAGUUGGAAUUGGAAGGGACCCAUGGGUCAUCUGGUCCAACCGCCUGCAAUGCAGGCAGAACUGCCUUUCUAACAGUUGCUUUCCAGAACAGCCAACUUUAAGUUGCUCAGAACAGUGGCCCAACACAGAGCCUAAGUGAGCCCCGCACCACCCCAGCUCUGAGCUGGAAGCCAGGCUGUGGGGGCUAGUUUUUGCAACAGCGGAAUCUCCCGCCUCAGCAGAAGGCGCAGAGCUUGGCAUGUUUUCGUGGUCUCAUUUCAGAGGUUGGGGACAAGGCCCUGCCCCACCCCAGAUUUGCCAGCCUCUGUUCCUCUGUGUGUGAUGUUACGAUAACGCCUUGGCGGACAUAGAAUCAAAGAAUCAGAAACACGUUUGGCUUCUCAGGCCUUUACAAGAACCAGCUGCAGAAAGUGUUGCAGGCCGAGCAGAUGGAGAGGUUUCACAGGUGUCUGUGCUGAUAGGUUGCUGCCUGUUUCCUGAUCUCUGCUCCUUUCCUCCUGUUUGUGUGUGUUUAGCCAGUGCUGCCCCACACGGCUGUGUGCCUGGUGUGUGGGGAAGCAGGGAAAGAAGAUACGGUGGAGGAGGAGGAGGGCAAGUUCAACCUCAUGCUUAUGGAGUGUUCCAUCUGCAAUGAAAUCAUACACCCAGGAUGCCUCAAGGUAAGGGCUCUCUGAGGUGGGGUCCAGAAGCUGCACCAAAACAGGCCUUACCUCACGGUUGCAUUUGUUGUGUUCUUCGCAAAAUGAUGGCAUGUUUGGCAGUCCUUUCCUUUUACCUGCAGCCACCACAGCCUACAACCUGCCCAACCACCCAUAGUUCAGUAGCCAUGCAUGGCAGCAAGGUCAACCCAAUGCUCUGUUGCCUGAAGCCAAAAGACCAGUAGGGCUCAGGGGAAGCCAGAUUACCCUCCUGCUUCUGCAGUCCUGAGCCAACAGCAAAAAGCAGAAUUUUGAACACACAAGUAAUGGAUAGAAUUGUCUGCCACAAGAUGUGGUGAUGGGCAUUGGUGCCGAUGGAUUUAAAAUAGGACUGGACAAAAUUAUGGAGGAGGAGACUAUCCGCCAUAAUUAAAUGGAACCUCCAUGUUUGGGGGCAGUGUCCCAGGUGCUAGGGACAUCCAGUGGAGCAUUGCUUUGCCCUUUCUGAAGACGCCUCGUUGGCCAUUCUGGAGAUGCUGAUGGAUCUUUGCCUCUGACCCAGCCGGGCUCUUUUAAUAUUCAGGAGUUCUCUGGCAUUAUCUUCUCUGCUCAAAGGGCUCUGUCUGCUAUGGUGCAUAAAAUGGCAGAUUCUUGGAUCUGAUGCCUAAAAACAUUAAAGGGGAAAAUGGCACGUCAGCCGCCCAGACCCAGACAGGCAGGUUUAGGGCAGGGUUCUGGGCCAGCCUGCCUGUAAUUACGCUUGCUUGUAAUUACCCCCAUACGAUGAAUGCUUGGAUCAUCACUGCAAGGUGGUGUGGUGGUGCAAAUUAGUUUACCAUUCAGAAUAAAAUUAUUAUUUGUUAGGCACAAGGAAGAAUUUCCCAGUUAGAUUUCUUGGAUCUGUUGUAUGCUCCAACCCUCCCUUGCUAGCCUUGUUAUCCUCUCCCAUAAUAUUACCGUAUUUUUCGUCCCAUAGGAUGCACCUAAUUUUUUGGGGGGGAAAUAAAGGAAAUUUCCCCCCUUUAUUUCCCCCCCAAAACCAGGUCGGGGAACAGCGGGAUGGCGGCGCUGCGCCUCCCCGCUGUCCCCCGAGCUUGUGGGGCUGGCCGAUGUCUGCCCGGCGUGCGUGGCACUCUGCUUCAGGGCACCCUGCGCGCCGGGCGGCAGGCUGCUAUACGCAGCGUGGGGAGCCCCGUGGGAACUCCUGCGGGCUCGCCAGGCUUGCUGAUAGCUUCCUGAAGACUGGAGAGCGAGAGGGGUCGGUGCGCACCGACCCCUCUCGCUCUCCAAGCUUCAGCGAAAGCCUGUAUUCGCCCCAUAGGACGCACACAGAUUUCCCCUUCAUUUCUGGAGGGGAAAAAGUGCGUCCUAUAGGGCAAAAAAUACGGUAGUUUGGGAAGCCUUUCUUUUAUUUGUUGUGAAGAUCUCUUGAUAUAGUUUAUAGACAAGACUUUAGAAUCCAGGAAAAUCCCCACGUGGGUGUAGAAGUAAGGUUUUCAGAGAUUGGGGAGAAGGGCAGGGUUUAUUUGUGCUUAUGCUAGAUGAAGCAGAAUAAAUUAUAUGAAAGAUUCAGAAUGUAGUUGACUGACAUGAAUUGUAAAUUACCAGCACACUUUUCAAAGAGCAUUUUCUUUAAAAAGUGCCAAGCCCUGCCUGCCUGUAUAUUGGGAGCUGAUCUGUGGCUUCCUGUUGUGUGUCUUUUUCCUCCCAGGUGCGGGAAUCAGACGGCGUCGUCAACGAAGAGCUGCCCAACUGCUGGGAAUGCCCAAAGUGCAACCACGCUGGCAAAACUGGGAAAGUGAGUUUCACUGGAAUUGUGUUCUCUGGAAGGGAGCUGUGCUUUUUCCUUCCUCUUUUUUUUUACACAUGCUAAAUUGCUAAUCUCACUGCUGAGCAGGAGCAGCUGCCAAUGUGCUCAAGGUUUCUCCCCUUGCUUCACAAUGCAGCCGGGAGAUGAGUCACCACAGGCAAGAUAUCUUGGGGGAAAGUUUUGUCUGCUGCUACUGAUCUUCUCCACUGAGCAACCCCAGAGAUGUUUCAAGGAAUCCCUCCCCCAGAUUAUGCUCUUUGCUUUCUCCCACAAAAAAUGAGAAACCGGUCAGACCUUCAGUGUGUGUGUGUAAGAGUAAUAUAAAUAUAAAACUACACAUGCAUUAAGGACAACUCUUUUUCCAUUCCAUAUUAACAGCUGUGAAGGUUUCAAGAUUUGAAGAUAUACUCUGACUUGUCUUUCUACUAUUAUUUUAGUUUUGUUUUUGUAAAGCGACUAUAUAUAAAACCUUACUUAUUAAACAUAUAUCUCUGUGGUGUUUAAAAUGUGCCCCCCCAAACUAAUUUAACACACUUCAUUCACUUCUGGCCAGAGGCAGACAAGGGGAAAGGAGGCACAGGUUGUGUCUCUCUAACCCUUUCCGAAUCCCAACCCUGUAGCUUUAACUUCCCCUGUAGAGUUUUAUAUAUAACUGCAAUUUCAUCUUGUGCAGGGGUUCAGUUCCAAGGGUUCCUCAUAUACUUGAACUGCCCCAUGUGAGCAUCCUAACCCUUCCCACAGCUGGUGCACUGAGUGGGCCUUUCUUUGUAAGCAAGGCAGAGAGCUUGAAAGCUCUCUUCACACCAGGAAAGUGUUGCAUGGUUUUAAUCCGUGCAAAUUCAACUGUGCAAGAUUGCAAUCGCACAAAUUAAAUGUGUGUAAGAUCUGAUCUUAAAGUGUCCUUCCCCCUCAACCCAGGAGCUAGCGGGUGGAGCCAACUGUUGCUGGCCCUUUAGCUCUGGCUUGAGUACAGAAAAAGGGAGUCACUGAACAUAAUGCUAGAGAGAGCUGACAAGAUUCCCUCUAACUCUAUAAUAAUGUGGGCACAGGCGCUUGGGAAGGAAUCAAUGGGUUGAAUUUCUGCUGCCACUUAUAAGCUGUGAUGCAGGGUGGAAAUUUUGUGUUUCAUAAUAUCAUUAGUGACAGUAAAUGGCUGCCAAUUGCAAAUACAGUAUUUGGUGAACUUGGCCGUUUCAGUCAUAAUUAAUAUUUUUCAGCUGAACUAUCCUUUUGCUUUUGCCUCUAAAGUCUUUACAAGUAUUCCAGUAAAUUUCACUGGGUGUGGAUGCCAGCAAUAUUUUUAAAGCUUUGUUUACUAAGUGAAAUCACUUUCUAGAGGCAGGGUGGGAAGCCUGUGCCCCCCCCCCCCGAUAGUGCUGACCAGCAACUUCCAUCCACAUCUGGAGGGUCAGAGGUUUUCCCCCUCCCAUUUCCAGAAAGCCCACGUUACUACCUAUAAGCCACGACGCAAAAGCAUAAGAUAUAAAGUUUGCUUGUGUGCUUUGUCUCUCUGGCGUACAAGCAAAAGCGCGGACCAGGGUUCAAGUACGCGUCAAACCUGCCCGGCUCUCUGCUGAAAGAGCAGAAGAUCAACCGAGAGAACAAAGAGGUUGUCCCAGACGCCACCAAGCGGAAAGUCGAGUGCGAGGAGCCCCCUCGGAAGAAGUCCGAUGACCAUCCCAAGAAGUCUCCUGUUGAUCCUCUUUUGAGGAGGAAGUCUGAGGAAGUCCACCCACGGAGGAAACGGAAAUUUGAGAAGCCCCAAGAGCCUGCCAUGAGGAAGCGGGUACGUGUUCUGCGUGUGUGUGGGGGGGGUUAUUGGGCCUCUUUGGGAGACCUUAGAGGUGGGAAGUGGCCUUGUGAGCGAGGCCUGGUGGAAAUGCUCCCAGCCUGCUUGCCCACCUCUGUGAUCAACGCCAGCUAUUAUGUGACAUGUCGGAACCGACAAACCUGCUUGUGGGAUCUUGCUGUCAGGCAGGUGUCUUGAGAUAGCAAGCCAAAGUGCUGCAGCAAAAGCCAUAAUAGUGAAGCUCGGUCUUUGAGCAUUCAAACACAUGAGUGCUUCACUGAUGUUACCUUGUUGCAGUACCUACAACAGCCCUGUAAGUUAGAUCAGUAUUCUCCAUGUUGCAGAAGUCGGGCCGUUAGGCAGAGUGGCUUUUUGAAGGCCCCUGCAGAGGCAAGGAGACCAGCCAGGGUCUUCUGAUUCAGUGAUCCAGCCUCUUGGGCUGCAACCCUGGGCACAUGCUUACCUUUCAACUUGCUUCUUAGCAGACAUGCAUGGGAUCCAAUGGUUAACCACUAUUGCUAAUAAUUAUUUGACCUCUGCCCUUUCCCUCCUUACUUUAACUAUUUUAUCAUCAUUGUUUUAAAGGCAGUUGUAUCUCAUUUAUAGCUCUGCUCUACAUGAUACUAAUUUUUAUACAACAUGUUGCAUAGAUGUUGGGGAGAUGCUGUAUGAAUGGUAAUACGUUAAAAAAAAUUAACUAUUUAAAAACAAAUGAUGCAGUGCCUGCUCCCUUAUGCUCCAGGGGAAAGCGGGAAAGACUCUGGCUGUUGCUAACGAUCCAUUCAGUUUCUAGAAUUAGGGAGGCCCCCAAACGAUAAACUUAUACUUUAUGAUGUUCUUUGGAAGACAGACAGUGAAGAGGGACCUUAGGUCUGUGUUAGAGAGCAGGUAUUGCAUUCGAAAGGUCCAAGGUUCAGUACUCAGCAUCUCCAGUUUAGAAGAAAAGAAAUCAAAUAACAAGUGAUGGGAAAGGGACCCCAACGAGGCACUGCCAGUCAGUGUAGGCAUCACUGGCCUGGGAUGCAAUAGCUUCCUGCAUUGCUAAGAUUACAGCCCAUUCCUAAAACAAAUCUCCUUUCCUGUCUCAGCCACUAGGUGGCACUUAUGGGUCUUUUCAGACUGCUACUGCGAAUCUCCCUCUUUCCCUUCCUUUCCAGUAGCUGUUUUCUUCCUUUGAAGGUGCCCUGUGCAGUCCCAACUCAAUGUGCAUCUUUGGGGUCACACAUUUUUUUAGUGUGUUUUUCCUGGGUGUUCUGUGGACAUGGAAAGGUGAAAAGGCCCUUCCCUACAUCCUGCUUUGAGGAUUUCACAAGAGAUCAGAGGAUACCAUCCAUCCUCUCUAUCUCCCUCCACUAUCACAUCCUUGGAGCUCUUAUAAAUGUUUCCCAUUCCAUUAACAUCAUUUUUUAACCAUUCCUAAAUACCGGGUCCUGGUGUGACUGAGUGGCAAAGAUUUGUGAUCUAGGAAGCUCUCCGUUCAAAUGUCACCUUGCCUGAAAACUCCUGAGGUAGCCUUGAGCAAGCCAGUGGUGAUUUUAAGUGUCUUAACUAUUAAGCGGCACAAUUUAAAAAAGCAGCCUUGCCCACAGGCUUAUAGUCAGCUUCAUUAUCUCCUUCCAUUUACACUGUAGAUGUUGAUGUUCAUACUAUCCAAUAUUUUCAGCUGUUUAAUUUUUUUAAUCUGUAUUCUAAGAAAUAAAUACGGUAAAUCAUGUAUUUUACACCUGAAUUGUAAAACCCUUGGACUGCAGUUCUUCCUGCAGGUUACCUAAAUCCCCUUGGAUUCUAUGGGAAUUAAAUACAGUGGUGCCUCGCAAGACGAAAUUAAUCCGUUCCGCGAGUAUCUUCGUCUAGCGGUUUUUUCGUCUUGCGAAGCAACCCUAUUAGCGGCUUAGCGGAUUAGCGCUAUUAGCGGUUUAGUGGCUAUUAAAGGCUUAGCGGCUUAGCGGCUUAGCUGCUAAAAGGCUAUUAAAGGCUUAGCGGCUUAGAAAAGGGGGGGGGGGAAGCGAAAAAAAAUCUCAAGACUCGCAAGACAUUUUCGUCUUGCGAAACAAGCCCAUAGGGAAAUUCGUCCUGCGAAGCGCAUUGAAAAACGGAAAACCCUUUCGUCUAGCGGGUUUUCCGUCUUGCGAGGCAUUCGUCUUGCGGGGCACCACUGUAGUUCAUUGGUGUACAGGAUUGCAGUCCUUGGUCACUGAAACGUCAUACAGAAAUGUUAUGUACUGUGUGUGUGUGUUAGCUAAGUUGUCUAUACUAAGUCUUGUCUCUUUGCUCUCUCCCACCCCACAAUCCCUUUCUGACCACAGUUAAAACUAGGCAAAGAAGAGAAGCUGUUCAGGAAAAAGGUACUACAUUAAAUGGUGUAGAUUUCUUCCAUUACUUCACUCACCUAUCCAGUGACUUACUGUGACUAUUCUGGAAAUGGCAGGUUUGGAUCUUAAAUUGGGGAGGGGGGGGCAGCUGGUGUGUCUUCUGCAGCUCUGCCUACACACCUGGAAUCUUAGGUUUGAUUAAUUAUUGGUUCUUGCAACAUGGAGAUAUGGUUAGCAAUGAAAUUCAACCCCCCUCCCUGCGAAAAAGAAAAGCAGGCCUGCUGUUUUACUCUGCCUCUGUGGAAACCUCGCAGGCCUAUGGUAAAAUGUCAACCUGAGUUAGAAAAUUGUGAUUUGGAUGCAGAAUGCCCAUCAUAUAACUAAUUUGUUGUGUGUCCUUCCUCCACAUCUACUUAGAGCAUGUUUUGGAUGACAUUUAUAGUUGAGGGAAUUUCUUGAGAAUCUCAAGGCCCACCUGCACCACUGACUUAAUGCUGGUGGAGCUGUGAAAGCUUGGGCUGUAUAAUACGAAACUAAAAUUCUGAGGGCCUUUUGUUGGAAGUGCAGGUGAUCUUUUUAAGGGCCCAAGCUUUCUUCACAAAGCUACAGUUGCCCCUGAAAGGAAAGGACCCCUUGAAAGCAGUUUUGGUCUAUAGGGUCGAGGGGUGCCCAUUGCCUGUGUACUGAGCCAGAAUCUUCCCUUUGCAGAGGCGAUCGUGGAAGGCCACAGAUGACCGAGCUGCCCUGGUCAAGCCAGUCCGGCGCUUCAAGCAGGAGCCUGAGGAGGACCUCCCAGAGGAGCCUCCCAAAAGCAAGGAGAGUGACCAGUCUCGCUCCAGCUCCCCCACGGCGGGGCCAAGCUCAGAGGGCGCAGAGUCCCGAGACAAGAAGAAGUUCAAGAUCCGGCGGAAAACCCGCCUCCCAAACAAGGAGCUGAGCAAGGAGCUGAGCAAAGAGCUCAACCAGGAGAUCCAGAAGACGGAGAACAGCCUUGCCAAUGAGAAUCACCAGCCCAUCAAGUCUGAGCCGGAGAGUGAGAACGAGGAGCCCAAGCGGGUGCUGGGCCCUGAGCGGCCUCACCGCUUCAGCAAAGGCUUGAAUGGAACCCCCCGAGAACUCCGGCACCAGCUCUUGUCCAGCCUCCGGAGCAGCACCCCCCGGGCAGCUGCCCGGCCUCCCCGCUCCCUCUCGCCCCCCAAGUGCAUUCAGAUGGAACGUCACGUCAUCCGGCCGCCCCCCAUCAGCCCACCCCCAGACUCGCUCCCCCUGGAUGAUGGGGAGGCCCACGUCAUGCAAAGGGAAGUCUGGAUGGCUGUCUUCAGCUACCUCAGCCACAGCGAACUCUGUCUCUGCAUGCGGGUUUGCAAGACCUGGAACAGAUGGUAAGGGGCAGCGGAGGUGUUUGCGUCUUGGUGGUGGGAAGGGUACAAGUUCUAGAGAGCAGGAUUGCCAGGGCCAUGACAUUUGGAAAAAUAAAACUCAAGGAAAGAUUCCAGUGCCACCUGCAGAAUCUUGUAGAUCUUGGCUUUGUUUCAUAAAAGGGGGGUUUCUAAUAAUAAUUUAUUAUUUAUACCCCGCCCAUCUGGCUGGGUUUCCCAGAAGACUAAAAUACAAUAACCUCUAGACAUCUUGAUUUCUUUUAAAAGGUGCAGGUGAGAUGCUGUGGUCAUAUUUCUAAUAUCUGAGUUUGAUGGACACUGAUAAUGGCUUUGGAGAGGGUUUGGUUGGGUGUUCCAGGGAAUUAAAUUCCUGCUCACUUAUUUCUUAAAAUCCAGUGUGAUUCAGUUUCUGGAACGUUGCAAUAAUUAUCCAGGUAUCCCUGAAGAUAUCAUGGGCUCCAUUCAUGCAAAGUCCAUGAUAGGGAGCCUGUGACCCUCUAGAUUUUGCUGGACCACCUUUCGCACUGUCCUUAACCAGUUCUUUCCCCCCCCCAAAUAAAAAAUAAAAAAUAAAUGUUUAGGGGUACUCUCAUUUUCAUACUCAUUAAAAUACUGCCCCUCAAUGAGGCCAAACAUAGAUUCACAAAAUGUUUAGGGGUAUGCGUACCCCCAGAAAAAGCACUGCCCUUGACUAUUAAGCAUAUUGACUGUGUCCAGUAGGAGUUGGGAGUCCCAACAAAAUCUGGAAGGCAACAAGCUCCCAGCCCGUGUGUUAGGUGUUUACCACAUGUUCAAGGAAGUCCAGGUAUCUGUAUCCACAUCAGCAUUUUGAAAAAUUCCUAUCCUAUUUAUAAACUUUUUUUCUGAUGCAAAACUCAAGCUGCUCGUUGUAGGCUUCCCAUUUCCCCUGGUUUUGUUGUGUAGGUCUCUCUGUCCCAAGUGCCAGACCAGCUUUCUUAUGAAACCUUCUUCCUGAUCUGCUUAGGUGCUGUGAUAAAAGACUGUGGACCAAAAUAGACCUAAACCACUGUAAAUCCAUCACCCCUCUCAUGCUCAGUGGUAUUAUUAGGAGGCAGCCGGUCACGCUUGAUUUAAGUGGGACAAACAUAUCGAAAAAGCAGCUGAGCUGGCUCAUCAACAGGCUCCCAGGUAGGUCUGCAGUGACUACAAUGCGCCGAGGGAAUCAUACCACAUCUCCUAUCUUUUGCAGGAAAGAGGCCUAAAUGAACAUUAUUCUCUUCUCUACCUUGCUGAGGCCCAGAGAUGGACAUCGCAGCCUCAGAGCCCAGUUAACUGCUUUUAAUGUUUCAGAUAGUAAUACUGUCUGGGUUCCUGAGUGGCUACAGUCUGGCCCUGGUAGAACAGGCUGCACAGGAAAUGUUGUGUCAGACCUAGGCAGGAGGGGGAAGCAGAGCCCGAUACGUUAAAGGUGGCUCAUGACAAGGCCUACAUUUGUUCCUUUCGAUAAACUCGGGAAGUUGUAUGUGUUUUGUACAAGAACAACAUUUUAGUGUCCUAACGACCUGCCUCUAAGCUUGGCCAUUAUUUAUGUUCACCUGCAAUAUUAUUUCAGCUGUUAAUUUAUUGUCCUCUGGAGAAAGGUACUAGGAAUACUUUCGAAAGCAGAGCCUGGUAGCCUGUGGCCCUCCAGAUAUUCUUGGACUCAAGCUCCCAUCAGCCAGCAUGGCCUGUGGCUUAAGUUGAUGGAAGUCGUAGUCCAACAGCAUCUAAAGCGGCACAGGUUUGUCAUUGCUGCUUGUCAUCCUGUUGGUUGUGUGAAGCAGGAACCUUUUCAACCUCUUAUUGUAAAACUAAAACGCCUCCCCUCCCCCCCCUGCAGCACUCCACAAAGAAAUAUUUGCUCAGUGUGCUGUGUGUUCACUUCCCUUUCUCUUCCCUAGGUCUCCGAGAUCUGCUAUUGUCAGGGUGCUCGUGGAUUGCAGUGUCUGCUCUCUGCAGUUCUAGUUGUCCACUCCUCCGAACACUGGAUGCGCAGUGGGUGGAAGGCUUAAAAGAUGCACAAAUGAGAGAUCUUUUGUCACCACCAACUGACAACAGGCCAGGUAUAUCCUCUUCCUUUCUGAAGAGGAACAGCUUCCUUUGUAUUUGGGCCAACACGCAGAAGAAAAACCAUAAAUGUGGUAGUGGGUUAGGUGCAGGAUUCAAAUGUUUCAUGAGAAUUCUAUGAUUGCCUUUCAGCUAUACCAGUUCUACUGAUUGUGUUUCUGUGUGUAUUAUGUUCCUGUGUAAAAUUCAAUUUUAUGUACCCACUUAUAAAAACCCAUUUUUCAAAAAUCUCGUAUUUGGGGCAGCUGUCUACAUGCAGUUUUCUCAUUUGGAAGUCUAGGGACUUUUUGGAAAUGCCUCUACUUCUUCCAUUGUAUUUUAGGCAUUUGUAUAUCUCAUAUAGCUCAGCCUGAUGUAUUCAGUGGUUAGACAAUUUAAUUACAAAAAUAAACAUUUCUCUCUCCUUUCCCUCCCCCCGGGUCCUCGCUUCUUGUAUAGGCCAAAUUGACAACCGGAGCAAGCUGCGCCACAUCACAGAGCUGUGCCUGUCUGGCUUGGACAUCACUGACGCUUCCCUGCGUUUGAUUAUCCGGCACAUGCCUCUACUGUCCAAGCUCAACCUCAGUUACUGCAACCACAUGACAGAUCAGUCUAUUAACCUGCUAACAGCUGUGGGAACCACCACACGGGACUCCCUAACCGAAGUUAUUUUGCAAGGUAUGAGAUUGGGGAUGGAGGGGUGCUAAUGGACAGGUCAGAUUCAGCUGCCUAAUUUUAAGGGCCCUGUGAUGAAGGUUGAAAUGCUGCCUUAAAGAGCAGAACAGCCCACUCAUCAUUUGAUGUUCAGCUCCAUAUGCAGUCCCAGCACCACCUCAAUCUGGUGCUUCCUUUACAUUACACACCAUCGCUGGAGAAUACGUGAUCCACUGGAUGUCAGCAUGGCCUGUGGUCAUGGAUGGUGAGAAUGGGAAUCCAAGAAAAUGAGACAAGAGGUUUUCAAAGUGCCUAAGAAGUUUGUUCUUCUAACACUCAACAUUUCUUAAGGGGAGAUGGGAAUCCUUCAGGGGCAAUUCCUUUUUGUUGGAACAAGGGGAUGAGGGAGACUGGAGGCCAUUUUCCAAAGUCUGUUGGGCAUUAGCAACCACAGCAAACCAAUUUUGUGCAGUGGAGGACCUCUCUCGUUUUCUUGUACCCAGUGCGUUAUUUUCAUUGUUUUGAUUUUUGGGAGUUGGGAUCCAGCAACAUUUGGCGUACCUUACUAUACACCUUUCUCUGUAGUGGAAGCAGAGCCACAGAUAAGAAUAGGGUAGAGAAUGCCUUGUUUCCUUCAGUUCCCUUGUUGUUGGCCCUUAGCACAUAAUUUCAGAUAGCUGAGACACCUUUUCUGACUUAAGGCCACAGAAUGAGGACAGGAAAUGCCACCCAAUAAUCCUGCCAUCAGAGAGAUGUUUCUGGCAGCAGACAGUGUGUGAGGUACCGUAUUUUUUGCGCUAUAAGACUCACUUUUUCCCUCCUAAAAAGUAAGGGGAAAUGUGUGUGCGUCUUAUGGAGCGAAUGCAGGCUGCGCAGCUAUCCCAGAAGCCAGAACAGCAAAAGGGAUCGCUGCUUUCACUGCGCAGCGAUCCCUCUUGCUGUUCUGGCUUCUGAGAUUCAGAAUAUUUUUUUUCUUGUUUUCCUUCUCCAAAAACUAGGUGCGUCUUGUGGUCUGGUGCGUCUUAUAGAGCGAAAAAUACGGUAUUUUGUGGAAAACUUUUGUAACCACCUUUGAGCCUUAUAAAGUGGGAGGCAAGUGUUCCAAGUAAGACUACCUUUCCUUUCCUUCACUCUCACCCCUCCUCAUUGCUUCAUGUUUUUGUUUAUCUAUCUAUAUGCUGUUCUGAAUGUGGCUCCUGAUUUAGAAGAGGCAGCAAGGCCAGAGCAGUACAAUCGUACCUCUGAAGUCAAACAGAAUCCAUUCCGGAAGCCUGUUCGACUUCCAGAGUGCAACUUCUGAUUGGCUGCAGGAAGCCCCGUCAGACAUUCGGCUUGCAAAAGAACAUUCAAAAACCGGAACAAUCACUUCCAGUUUUCGAUCAUUUGGGAGCCAGAACUCUUGACUCCCACGGCAUUCGGGAGCCGAGGUACGAUUGUAAUCCAUAUGGAUGCAACAGGUAGCCUCCUCAGAGGGAUUCUGCAGUGGCUGUGAUUGGAUUAUUCAGUUGCAGCCCAUGCAAAAACACAUCUAAGCUUCAUAGCCCUAGCAAAGGCCUCUUAAGAGUUUAAGAAUGGCUCUCCUAAAGCCAACCUUCCUCCUAUUUUUUGUCUCCCCGACAGACUGCAAUAAGGUGACAGACCAAUGUCUCUCCUAUUUCAAGCGGUGUGGGAGCAUCUGCCGGAUUGAUCUGAGGUACUGCAAGCAAGUGACCAAGGAAGGUUGUGAGCAGUUCAUCGCAGAGAUGUCUGUGAGCAUUCAGUUUAGUCAAGUGGAAGAGAAACUGCUGCAGAAGUUGAGUUAGUGUUUACUGGGGCAAGUUUGUAAAUAACCAGGAGCUGAAAAAAGGACUCCAGGAGACCACAGAAGGAAUUUUAUUUUCAAUUGGGAGAUGUGGAAUAUGCCAAGUUGGGGGACUGUUUGGGCUGUACAGGAACAUGUGGUGUUGAAACCACCCACAAAGGUUCUAGCCUGGAUGGGAUCUUUUGACACUUUGCCCAGAUUCUUUACAUACCUUCCUCUGGUGACAGCAAAGGAUUCAUGCCUAGAAGAACACUGAGGAACACCUAUUUAUAUACCACAGCUGGAGCAUGUGUAAAUUUUUAAAGCAUUUUUGAAAAUGUCAAAAGCAAUGUUAAUUCUGGGGUUAUUAAGGUGGGCCAUUACCUGUUUUUCUGCCUUUUGAACUUUUUUGUUACAUCCAACGUUAUGCAGAACUAUUUUUGUACAAAUUUGUUUAAAAAAGUUAUUUAUGCAGUUACUGAAUGCAUUGCAAGUGUUUGGUCAUUGGUUUCAUAUUGCCAAGUUUUAUCUUGAGAUAGAAGAGAAUUUGAACUUCUUACCACUUAAAUUACCUGCUGAGAGUUAUACCCCAAUUGGGAUGGGGGAGGGGGGAGUAGGUUAAUCCUCUGAAAUGAAAAAGCAUGUUUAAUGGAAGUUUUAUAUACUGCUUUGUAUAACACUGUAAGCAUGUUGUGGAGAAAAGGAGGUGUAAAAUACAGAUUAAGAACAAACAAGUUGCCAAGUUUUCCCCUGUAUAAAAAAACACAUUUUCUCGACUGAAACUUCCAAUUACAGCUGUGCAUAUGGGAAGGCAUUAAAAUACUCUCAUACUUGCUGUAAAAAGUCCAUUUAUAUGACUUAAAAUCAAACAGUUUCAGGGUUUGAGUGAGUUCUUGUUGUCCAUAUUUAACCUGGUUAAUUUCUGAUUGUCACGAAAGGGGGGGAUUUCAGUAUUGAUAAGUGCCAUUGUUGUAAAGUGGUGGUGAAAACCCCCAACCUUCUUUCCCGAUACAGUUUUACCUCUGUUGAAUUUGUAUAAAUGAUUGUACAAAAAUGGAGAGGUGACCUGUGCAUUAUGUUCAAAUUGGGUAUUGAGCAGGAAACUGCUUGUGCUGCUGGGGCAAGAGAGAAUCACACCCUUAAUGCCACUUCUGCCUUGGGCUGGCAACUGGAAGCUAGUUUGGCCUAGCGGCUAUGACAACAGGCCUGCUAUUCGGCUCUGUGGGGUAUUUUAAGAGAACAGUGCCCAACAGGCAGCUCUGAACAUCCCUGGAUUUAAUUUUUUACCAAAAUGACUUUUUGUACAUCUGACUACAGGAAGGUGACCUAGUUCUCUGGUUGAUAUGCAACUCAUGUCUGCCUUGUAGUAAUACUGACUGGGAUUCCUUCCUUCAAUGGAUGUAUAGCUUUCUAUCUGCUAAAGACACCCACACACCCCUCAGUAGUCUGUGCUGGGGACAGUUUAGGAGCUUGGCCUUCCUGGCUCCCCAAUCCCAUGGGCUGCUUCAG